CAAAAAAUGCAUUCUCCAUCUGAGAGGCACCGCUGGGAUUCGAACCCAGGAUCUCCUGUUUACUAGACAGGCGCUUUAACCAACUAAGCCACGGCGCCAACUCGCGCACGCCAUGCUCCCCAGACACGGUAGUAAAUCAGAGCUGCCCGGGCACCUGCCCUUCACACAUGUCACCGCUUGGCCGUCACCCCGCCCCCCAUACAGCAUGCCCGCCCGGGACUCCGCGAGCUGUCUUAUAGCACGGACUAACAUGCCUUCCUCUACCAUCCGGCACACGGUAUACACGGGGAACCCGGAAGUGAGAUUACUAUCGCGCCUCCUCCCAUGUCCGGCACCGCGGGGGUUAACCCGGCAGACGGCCCUCCCUGGUGUAUGGCAUGCAUCCCGAAUGUGACCCAGCUUUGUCUGAGCCCAAGUCCCUCCCCCGGGAUGCACCCUGACCUCUACACCCAUUUAACCAGUCGGUGUACCGUUACCAUCCUCAUCGGCAGUAAUUCCGGCCAGAGGGACACAGCCCGCAGCAAUCCCAGGGAGCACACCGGACUUUGCACAAGGUGAACACAGCACCCAAAGGCUGCUUAUUAGACUCUGUGGGAGUUAGCCAUAAAGAAUCAUUCUGGGGCCAAAUUCUAAAAUAGUGAGCAGUCACCGUGGAAACCAAUGGGGUGUCCCUGCAAAUUGCUCCACUUUCACAGCAUUUCCCCAGAAUGCCUGUUUAUACAUAGCCCCAUUAUAUAUGUUGUGCACAGAACAUCCAGCGGUGUUGAUGUGUAUUAUUUAAGUACUAAUCAAUGUGUGCAUGUGCUGUCUUUUACACUUUGGAUCUUACUGUGUUUUAUUAGCGAUCUCUGACAAAUUAAGCUUUUGUACAGUAAUUAUUUCUAGACUGAAAACAAAAUGUGGACAUUAUUCCAUCUUAUCUAAGAAAGUAAAAUAUAACCGCUCCAGCUACGCGUUUUCAUUUGAAUAAUGUACAAAAGGAUAAUUUAUUUGAAUACGUAUUCCAUUUACACACUGUUGUGGACUACUAUCGGUAUUUAUAAAUUCCGAAGUAGAAAACAUUCUACAUUCCAGACCGCACCUCCAUUUUAUUAAUAGUCUUUGGCUUGCUCUGAAACCCUGCUCAUUUUUUCAGACACUGCUGUAGUGUAUGUAUCCCAGCUCCUUUUUACUGGCCCUGCUGCAGUGUAUCUAUCCCAGCUUUACUACGCUGGUCUUUCAUGGUGCAUUGUUAUUUCUCAUGCCUUCUCCCUGAUUUCCAGGGUAAUUCACUAAUUAUUAUUAUUAUUAGCAUUUAUAUAGUGCCAACAUAUUCGGCAGCACUUUACAAUUAUUGAAUGGGGAUAUUUGACAUACAAAAUGUUUACAGAGACAAGUGUUGAAGACAGCCGUGUCCAAACAAGCUUGCAAUCUAUGAAGAAGGGUUAAAGACAGACAAGAGAAAUAACAGUAUGUUGAGAGAAAUAACAAUAUGUCGAGGGGAAAAGGGACUGAUAGAUCAGAUGCCUAUAUUUAAAUAAGCUAUUAAGUGUUGUGUGGGAAAAAAGGAACAGUGAAAAGAGAGAGCAAUUUGGGGAAGGAAGGCAAUUUUUAAUGCGAGCAGUGUCACCAAAAAAGAUGGUAGGGUUUCCAAAAGAGAGGUGUUUUAAAAGACUGCAGGCUAUGGGAGAGAGUCUGAUGGCACAUUUAGGGUGUUUCAUAACAACCAGGUAGCCCUUGAAAAUUCCUACAGAUGAGAGUUGGCAGUGUGUGAGCAAAUAGAUGUCAGGAGAAGGUCGUUCAUAGAGAAAAGUAAACGAGAGGUGGAGACCAGUGCCUGGUGGACCCAAGGUAAGAAGUCAAAUUUUUUUUAAAAUAGAUGACUACUUACAGAGGAGGGAGGGACAUCCGGGAACUCCAGGUACUAAAACAAUGUUAAGCUUCAAAAUUCUACACUGGAUCUGGAAACCCUUACACUGCCACGGACUUAUGCACUAACACAUUCUGCUUUCCUUGUCUCUGAGUAAAUUCACUGCAGGGAACACUCAAUGAACACGCCAGUCAUUAUGGAGAUCAAAAAGUAUUCAACAUUUUUAAUAUGUGUACAUUGUAUAUAUGAAACACAGUUUUCUUAGGGUGUAAACAACAAAAGGCAAAAUCAACCAAUCAUAGAAGUUUCAGUGCAAAAAGUGUAAUUAUUCAUAGAACAUUACGUAUUGUCAGUUAGUCUACCGCACAUGUACAGGUGAUCCUCAAAAAAUUAGAAUAUCGUGCAAAAGUUCAUUUAUUUCAGUAAUGCAACGUAAAAGGGGAAACUAAUAUGAGAUAGACGCAUUACAUGCAAAGCAAGAUAGUUCAAGCUGUGAUUUGUCAUAAGUGCGAUGAUUAUGGCUUACAGCUCAUGAAAACCCCAAAUCCACAAUCUCAGUAAAUUAGAAUAUUACAUGCAAUCAAUAAAACAAGGAGUGUACAUAGAACAGUAUCGGACCUCUGAAAAGUAUAAACAUGCAUAUGGACUCAGUACUUGGUUUGGGCCCCUUUUGCAGCAAUUACUGCCUCAAUGCGGUAUGUGGCACUGCUGAGGUGUUAUGGAAGACCAGGAUACUUCAAUAGCAGCCUUCAGCUCUUCUGCAUUGUUCGGUCUCGUGUCUCUCCUCUUUCUCUUGGCAAUGCCCCAUAGAUUCUCUAUGGGGUUCAGGUAAGGCGAGUUUGCUGGCCAGUCAAGCACAGUAAUCCCACGGUCAUUGAAGCAGCUUUGGUGCUUUUGGCAGUGUGGGCAGGUGCUGCUGAAAAAUGAAGUCAGCAUCCUGAUAAAGCUUGUCUGUGGAAGGAAGCAUGAAGUGCUCCAAAAUCUCCUGGUAGACGGCUGCGGUGACCCUAGACUUAAUGAAGCACAGUGGACCAACACCAGCAGAUGACAUGGCUCCCCAAAUCAACACAGACUGUGGAAACGUCACACUGGACUUCAAGCAUCUUGCAGUGUGUGCCUCUCCAUUCUUCCUCCAGACUCUGGGUCCUUGGUUUCCAAAUGAGAUGCAAAAGUUGCUCUCAUCAGAAAAGAGGACUUUCGACCACUGAGCAACAGACCAGGUCUGUUUUUCUUUAGCCCAGGUAAGACGCUUCUGAUGUUGUCUGUUGUUCAGGAGCGGCUUGACAAGAAGAAUACGACAUCUGAAUCCCAUGUCCAGGAUCCAUCUGUAUGUGGUGGCUCUUGAUGCACUGACUUCAGCCUCAGUCCACUCCUUGUGAAAGUCCCCAAAACAUUUGAAUGUGUGAUACUUAUUUGUUAAUUGGAACACAACUGCAGAGUUUCCUAAUUGAAGUAUUUGCUAGAUUCACCUCUUUUUAUAUUGAAAAAGAAGUAAUUACUAUUACCUUAAUUACACAUGUAGCUUAGAAUUUGUGUGUAACUAAAAGAAUCUGUUAAUUUCAGAUGUCACUUAAAUUCCCUUCUGUGGAAUCAAAUAGUAAUAAAUGAAGCAGGAGAAGUUGUAAUAAUAAUUGAGUUGAUUAUUGGAGGGUGAAUUAUUGUUAUAAGUAGAUCAAUUAGAAUAAGAAACUUAAUUAGAGAGAAUGACACAGUGGAUUAAUUGGAACAGAAAUACUUAACUUAAUAAGGCAAGUUCUGGAACUUAAGGGUUAUUUUCACCCGAUGGAAUGAGAAGAUAGUCCAUUAAGCAAGCCGUGGUCUAGGAGUGGAGAGAGGAGCAGUCUGUUUAGCAAUCCGUGGUCUAGGAGUGGAGAGAGUGGAAGUCCGUUUAGCAAUCCGUGGUCUAGGAGUGGAGAGAGUGGAAGUACGUUUAGCAAUCCGUGGCCUUGGAGUGAAGAGAGUGGAAGUCCGUUUAGCAAUCCGUGGUUUGAUACAGGCAGGAUGGAGUAAAACAGCUGAUCACUUUUCAGGUACCUGUGUAAUAAUCCAGCGUUUUGAAUCUGGCGCGGUCUCCCUAAGUAUCGUGGAGGGACCGCGUCAGAGAAAGGGGAGGAGCUAAGCGCCGUGAACCCGGAAGUGGGUUCUUACGGCGAAUGUAUUUUAAGUUAUACCUGACAGUACCCCCUUCUCAUGGGGCAUCCUCUGGGUGCACUUAUCUCGGUUUGGAGGGAUAACGUUUGUGAAAUGCAGCAACUAACCUCUUAGCAUGUACAUUAGAUGAAUCUUCCCAAGUGUCUUCAUCAAUACCAUAACCCUUCCAUCUAAUAAGGUAUUGUAAGGAGCCACGGUGGAUACGUGAAUCCAAAAUUCUAUGUAUUUCAUAUUCUUCUUCACCUUGGACAAUGAUAGGAUCAGGAGUAGUUACUAAAUCCCUAUUGAAAGGAUCAGGGAGGUGAGGUUUAAGCAAAGAGACAUGGAAUACAGGAUGAAGUUUAAAACUUGGAGGGAGGUCCAGUUUAACAACGUUAUCAUUAAUAAUCGUAUUUACUUUAAAAGGACCAAGAAAAAGAGAGCUUAAUUUCUUUGAAGGACGGUUUGUGGUAAUAUUCCUAGAGGAAAGCCAGACCAGAUCCCCUACAUUAUAAGGAGGGGGAAUUCUUCUUUUAUUGUCAAAAUAUCUUUUCUGGUUAUUUUGGGCAAGUUGAAGAUUCUCCCGUAAUUUGAGGAAUAGUGAGGACAUAAAUUCGUUUUUUUGAUGUAACAGUAGGAUUGGAUGAAAUAUUAUUUUGGAUGGAAAAUGAAGAUGGAUGGAAUCCAUAGUUCGAGAAGAAAGGAGUCAUUUUUGCACUAGAAUGAAUAGUAUUGUUGUAAGAGAAUUCGGCCAUAGGUAACCAUGUGGUCCAGUCAUCCUGUAGGUAUGAACAAUAACAUCGAAGAUACUGUUCCAGACAUUGAUUAACUUUCUCUGUUUGUCCAUUAGUUUGAGGAUGGUAGGCGGAUGAGAGUUUGCGUUGAAUUUGAAGGGAGAGACACAUCUCUUUCCAGAAUUUGGAGGUAAACUGUGUCCCUCUAUCAGAAAUAAUUUCUUCAGGAAGACCAUGAAGUUUUACAAUAUUAUCUAUAAAGACUUUGGAUAAUUCUACGGAGGAGGGUAAUUUCUUUAAAGGAAUAAAAUGGGCCAUUUUUGUGAAGCGGUCCACAACGACAAGAAUAGUGGUGGAAUGCUGAGAUGGUGGAAGAUCUACAAGAAAAUCCAUAGAAAUGGAUUGCCAAGGUUUUUCUGGAAUAGGUAAGUUAAGUAGUAACCCAAAAGGUUGAUUAUGUUCAGUUUUGGACCUUUGACAGAUAGGGCAAGUUUUGACAUAUAAUUCAAUGGUUUUAUUUUGGCGAGGCCACCAAUAAUAUCGUGAAGUUAGUUCAAGAGUUUUUUUAAUCCCAGGAUGUCCGGCUAGUGGUGAGUCAUGAACCAUUUUAAGUAAUUUAUUUCUAAAAAUAGGAGGGAUAUAAAUUUUAUUUUUAAAGUAAAAUAUACCAUCCUUUUUUGUUAAUAUAGGUGUUUUGGGAAGUUCAAGAUCUUUUUGAUUCAAAUUCUUUAAGUCAUCUUGAAGAGAGGAAAGGAUUCCAAUUAUUUUGUUAGAAGGAUAAUCAUCAAUAGAAGUUUUAUAAGAAAUUCGAGAGAGGGCGUCAGCUUUUUGAUUUCUAGUUCCAGGUCUGUAUACUAAUUGGAAGUUAAAGCGGUUAAAAAAGAGGUUCCAUCUAACUUGUCUAGCUGUAAGGGUUUUGUUAGUAUACAGAUAUUCGAGAUUUUUAUGAUCAGUAUAAACAACUAUAGGUUGUUUUGUAUCUUCAAGAAGAUGACGCCAAUUUUCAAGGGCAGCUUUAACGCUUAACAAUUCUUUUUCACCAAUAGGAUAAUUUUUCUCAGCAGAGCUCAAGGAUCUUGAAAAGAAGGCAACUGGAUGAAGUGGAUCUUGAGGUGUCUUUUGUUGAGAAAGAACUGCUCCGAUAACUGAAUCUGAUGCAUCUACUUCAAGAACAUAUAAGAAUGUUGGAUUAGGUAGUUGUAGAAUAGGUGCGGUUGUAAAUCUUUUUUUUAAUUCAGUAAAGGCUUUUUGGGCUUCUUUAUUCCAAUUAAAAGGACGUUUAUUACUGUUAAGAAGAUUAAGUGGACGUGAUACAUCUGAGUAGUUUCUAAUAAAUUUCCUAUAGAAAUUUGCAAAUCCAAGAAAUCGCUGUAAUUCUUUAGUAGUAGCAGGAACGGGCCAGUUAAUAAUACAUUCAAUUUUUGAGUUAUCCAUUUUUAAGGAAUGAGGUGAAAUAAUAUAUCCUAGGAAAGAUAAUUUGGUAACCUCAAAAAGGCAUUUCUCAGGUUUAGCGUAUAAUUUGUGAGUUCUCAAUCUAGAUAGAACCCAUCUUACAUGCUUCCUAUGUUCAUCCAGAUUGUUAGAAUAUAUUAAGAUAUCAUCUAAAUAGAUAAUAACACAUAUAUCCAGGAGAUCUCUAAAGAUAUCAUUUAUGAAAUGUUGGAAUGUAGCAGGGGCAUUACAAAGCCCAAAAGGCAUUACAAGAUAUUCGUAUAGACCAUAUCUUGUUCGGAAAGCGGUCUUCCAUUCAUCAUCCUGUUUUAUUCUAAUGAGGUUAUAAGCGCCCCGAAGGUCGAGUUUAGUGAAUAUAGUUGCAGUUCUUAAUCUUUCAAUUAAUUCAUUUAUUAGCGGAAGAGGAUAACGGUUUUUUAUUGUUAUUUUAUUUAAGGCUCUGUAAUCUAUAAUGGGACGGAUGGUUUGAUCUUUAUUUCUCACGAAGAAUAUACUAGAAGCAGCCGGGGAUGUCGAGGGUCUGAUGAACCCUUUACGUAAAUUUUCAUUAAGAUAUUCCUUUAAGAUUUCUAAUUCCUUUUCAGAAAGUGGGUAGAUGUGACCAUAAGGAAUGGGAGCUCCAGGUAUUAGAUCAAUUGGGCAAUCAUAUACCCGAUGAGGUGGAAGUGUUUCUGCUUCUUUUUUACAGAAGACAUCUGAAAAUUCGGAGUAGAAUGUAGGUAUAACUGGUUCUUUAGUAAUUUGGAGAAUAGGAAUAUGUUGAAAACACGUUUUUUUACAGAAAUCAGAGGAGAAAGAGAUGGUAAAAGGAGACCAUUCAAUUAGAGGAUUAUGGGUUUUUAACCAAUUAAUUCCUAAAAUGACCGGAUAAAGUGGAGAUUUAAUAACAUCAAAUGUAAGGAAUUCGGUAUGAACGUUGUUGGUAGUUACUUUUAUAGGAAUUGUCUCAUCUUUUAUGGGUCCAGAGGAUAUAAAUGAACCAUCAAUAACUCUGAUUGGAACAAAGUGAGUUUUUCGAACACAAGGAAUUUUAUUUUUUGUAACAAAAGAAAAAUCAAGAAAGGUUCCACUGGCACCAGAAUCGAUUAUAGCCUCAGUCACGAUUCUUUUUGUAUCCCACUGUAAUAUGAGAGAUAUAGAAAAAUAAGUAGAUGUUUUUCUUUUUUGUAGUACGUUCAAUAUUGAAGUAGAUGAAUGAUGCUUACCACUUUUUGAAUGUUUCAGUAGAGGACAAUCGGGAAUUAUAUGUUCUUUCGAGGCACAAUACAUACAUAAGUUUAAUUGUCUCCUUCUUAUUCUUUCUUCAGAAGUAAGAGGACUUCUUAUUAUACCUACUUCCAUAGGUUCGGUUUGAGUAGAGAAUUUUUCAGUGAUUUUAGGAGAAGUGAUAGGUUUUCUCCAGGUAGAAUUAGUAAGAACUUUUUCAGCUCUUCUUUCUCUUAGACGUCUAUCAAUACUAAUGGAAAGUUGAAUCAAUGCAUUUAAGGUGGGAGGAAGUUCAGUACGAGAGAGUUCAUCCUUCACAGCUUCUGAUAAUCCGAGACGGAAUUGAUUGCGUAAAGAAAUGUAAUUCCAUUGGGUUUCUGUAGCCCAUCUUUUGAAUUCUGCAAUAUAGUCUUCAACAGGUCUAUUCUUUUGGUGGAGAGUUCUGAUGGUUAAAUCAGCAGUAGCCUGUUUAUAAGGGUCUUCAUAAAGUAAAGACAUAGCUUCAAAGAACUCAUCCAAUGAAUCUAAUAUGGGAUCAUCAUUCUCUAAAAAGGAAUGGGCCCAUGCCAUAGGUUCACCUCUUAAAAAAGAGAUCACUGAACAAACUUUGGAUCUUUCGGUGAGAUAAGAUCUAGGUUUUAAGGCUAUUAGGAGUUUGCAAGAAUUCAAAAACUCUCUGUACUUUGUUCUAUCUCCAUAAAAAUUUUCAGGAUUACAGACAGCAGGAUCGCCAACCGAUUGAAGAGCGGCAUGAGGAAGGUGACCUUGCAUGUCUCUAACAUGAGUUAAUAUUCUCUCAUUUGUAAUUUGCAGUUCCUGUAAACCCUGAGCAAUCGUAUCCACUCUAUUGGUUAGGGCAGAAACUUGAGCGUUAAUAUCUGCUGGUUCCAUUGUAAAAAGGCUGGAUUAUUCUGUGAUACUUAUUUGUUAAUUGGAACACAACUGCAGAGUUUCCUAAUUGAAGUAUUUGCUAGAUUCACCUCUUUUUAUAUUGAAAAAGGAGUAAUUACUAUUACCUUAAUUACACAUGUAGCUUAGAAUUUGUGUGUAACUAAAAGAAUCUGUUAAUUUCAGAUGUCACUUAAAUUCCCUUCUGUGGAAUCAAAUAGUAAUAAAUGAAGCAGGAGAAGUUGUAAUAAUAAUUGAGUUGAUUAUUGGAGGGUGAAUUAUUGUUAUAAGUAGAUCAAUUAGAAUAAGAAACUUAAUUAGAGAGAAUGACACAGUGGAUUAAUUGGAACAGAAAUACUUAACUUAAUAAGGCAAGUUCUGGAACUUAAGGGUUAUUUUCACCCGAUGGAAUGAGAAGAUAGUCCAUUAAGCAAGCCGUGGUCUAGGAGUGGAGAGAGGAGCAGUCUGUUUAGCAAUCCGUGGUCUAGGAGUGGAGAGAGUGGAAGUCCGUUUAGCAAUCCGUGGUCUAGGAGUGGAGAGAGUGGAAGUACGUUUAGCAAUCCGUGGUCUAGGAGUGGAGAGAGUGGAAGUCUGUUUAGCAAUCCGUGGCCUUGGAGUGAAGAGAGUGGAAGUCCGUUUAGCAAUCCGUGGUUUGAUACAGGCAGGAUGGAGUAAAACAGCUGAUCACUUUUCAGGUACCUGUGUAAUAAUCCAGCGUUUUGAAUCUGGCGCGGUCUCCCUAAGUAUCGUGGAGGGACCGCGUCAGAGAAAGGGGAGGAGCUAAGCGCCGUGAACCCGGAAGUGGGUUCUUACGGCGAAUGUAUUUUAAGUUAUACCUGACAGAAUGGCUUUUUCCUGACAAUCCUCUCCAGGCUACGGUCAUCUCUGCUGCUUGUGCACCUUUUUCUUCCACACUUUUCUCUUCCACAUAACUUUCUAUUAAUGUGCUUUGGGAACAUCCAACUUCCUUGACAAUUACCUUUUUGAGGCUUUCCAUGGUUAUGGAGGGUGUCAAUGAUGGGUUUUCUGCACAACUGUCAGGUCAGCAGUCUUCCCCAUGAUUGUGAUUCCUACUGAACCAGACUGAGAGACCAUUUAAAGGGACACUAUAGUCACCUGAAAAACUUUAGCUUAAUGAAGCAGUUUUGGUGUAUAGAACAUGCCCCUGCAGCCUCACUGCUCAAUCCUCUGCCAUUUAGGCGUUAAAUCCCUUUUGUUUAUGAACCCUAGUCACACCUCCCUGCAUGUGACUUGCACAGCCUUCCAUAAACACUUCCUGUAAAGAGAGCCCUAUUUAGGCUUUCUUUAUUGCAAGUUCUGUUUAAUUAAGAUUUUCUUAUCCCCUGCUAUGUUAAUAGCUUGCUAGACCCUGCAAGAGCCGCCUGUAUGUGAUUUAAAGUUUAAUUUAGAGAUUGAGAUACAAUUAUUUAAGGUAAAUUACAUCUGUUUAAAAGUGAAACCAGAUUUUUUUUUUUUUUUUCAUGCAGGCUCUGUCAAUCAUAGCCAGGGGAGGUGUGGCUAGGGCUGCAUAAACAGAAACAACGUGAUUUAACUCCUAAAUUGCAGGGGAAUGAUCUAUACACUAAAACUGCUUUAUUUAGCUAAAGUAAUUUAGGUGACUAUAGUGUUCCUUUAAAGGCUCAGAAAUCCUUUGCAGGUGUUAUGGCUUACUUAGCUGAUUAGAGUGGGACACUGUGAGCCUAGAAUAUUGCACCUUUUCACAAUAUUCAAAUUUACUGAGAUUGUGGAUUUGGGGUUUUCAUGAGCUGUAGGCCAUAAUCAUCGCACUCAUGACAAAUCACGGCUUGAACUAUCUUGCUUUGCAUGUAAUGCGUCUAUCUCAUAUAUUAGUUUCCCCUUUUACGUUGCAUUACUGAAAUAAAAGAACUUUUGCACGAUAUUCUAAUUUUUCGAGUAUCACCUGUAUAGCACGUCUUCUCUAAACUAUACAAGGUUAUCUUGAUCUGUGGAAAAAUAAGGGAGUUGGUGUGCCACUGCAACAGAUUGCAGACAGUUAGGAAAGAAAAAAUUCUUACUUUUAACCCCUGCAGAUGUGGACAGACGUCAAAGGCUUGUUUUUUUGUUUAUUCAAGUAGUUUCUAAUUAAAGUGCAUAGUAGUACAUCAUAAUGUAAUAAAGAACAUACCAAUACUAGUAUUAAGUGCUUAUAUGAUUAUCAUGUUAACGUAUUACAGCUGCACGUAUAUUACAUGUUCAUAAACAUUUUAUAUCUAAACAUUAACAUAACAGACACCACAACAAUUACACAUAAACAUAAAAUACUGAGACAAAUGUGGCAGGCCCAAAAAAAUUAAGGAAAAAGAGAGAUCAUCUUCUGGGAGAAGGGAAACAAAAAAUAAGAGACAAAAAGGAGUAAGAUGUUCAUCAACGUAGACAGGGUAAUAUAUGAUAUUUGGGAAUAAUUAACUCUUAUAAUAUGUAAACCAAGCAUCCUAAAUCACAUUAUAUUUAGAUAUAUUAUUUUCACUAUAAAAUAUUGCUUUCUCCAUCACUCCUUGAUAAUUAAUCUGAGCUUUAAUUACUUGUAUAUUGGGGAGUUUCUCCAGUAUCUGGCCAUACAAAGCUUAACAGCCAUUAAUAUAUGUAUGGUAAGAUAUAAUGAUGGUUUCGACAAAGGAGGAAGGUUCAAAUAAAAGAGAAACCUCUCUGAGGUCAAAUCAACAUUUAAUUUUAGUAACUUCUGAUUUAAGGAUGUUCAGUUUAUCACAAUCCCACCAAAUAUGUUUUAUGAACCAAGAUUCCUAUUACAUCUCCAACACUGGCUAGAAGCAUUUGGUUGGGAUUUAGAUAGCUUAGUAGGGACCAUAUACCAUCUGUGAGUAAGUUUUAAGAAAACCAUAUUUACACAAUGAGUAGAUUUUCCAAGUAUUUUGAAAGCAUUUGUCCAUGGCUGAAGAGAGAAUGUUUUCCCCCAUAUAUUUUUCCCAUUCUAUGAUGGAUCUAGAUUUUGUAUCCUGGUUUGAGGAAUGUAUAACUUUACUAAUCUUGGAGGAAAUGUUUUCUUGUUCACCCAAUAGAAGUUGGAACUUUAUGAAGAAAGUCCGAUAUUCUCAUAUAUGUAAAUAGUUCUUUAUUGGAGAGACCUGAUCUUGAUUGAAUACCGGAAAACUUACUUAUACUCUCGGCAAAGUAAAUAAACUUCAUUUUAACUAAUCCUAACUCUAACCAAUCAGUUAAAUUAAGAUCUUGAAUAAAAAAAAUGUAAAAACGGUCAGUGGAGUAUGUUUAGAGAGUUGGUUAUUUGAAGAAAAAGUUUAUUUUCUAGGAUCUAUAGAUUGGAAUACUUGAUUAAUAACUAGAUUAUCUAUACUGAGAUUUCUCAAAAUAUUUUUAUCAACCCAAAAAAAAUGGAAAGGGUUGAGUUUACUACAUACAUUUCUUUCAUAUUUAUACCAAGAUUUUGUACUGGAGUUUCUGUUUCCCCAUUCAAGAAAAUGGAAGAACAGAACAGAAUCGUAUAUAUAAGGAAAACAUUGGGAAAAGAUAGCCCUCCUUCUGAAGUCCUAGUUGUCAUUGUCUUGAACGCAAUUCUCUGCUUCUUAUUUUCCCAAGCAUGCGAUGUAAACAAUUUAUGAAAGGACUUUACCAUUUCUCUUGGGACUCCUGAGAGGAAUUGUUUUGAAAAAGAUACUCCAAUUUAGGAAGCUAAUAUGAUCUUAGAAUGUUUAUUCUCCCAAGCCAAGAGAGUUGCACUUUACUCCAUUUAUCUGUCAAGCUUUUGAGCUCUUGUAGGAGUUCGCUAUAAUUGUCCUGGAUCCAAGAACCAAUAUUAAAAUUAAUCUUAAUGCCAAGAUAUAUGAAUUUAUUAGACCAAUUAAAUUUGAACGCUUCAGAAAGAGAUAUAUUCUGUAGGUGAAAAAGAUUAUUGUGAAUAACUUGAGUCUUAUGAAUGUUAAAUUCCUCUAUACAACCCAUCACAGCUGGAAUGCAAACAUCUGGAUUUAUCAAGGUCAAAAUUAUAUCUUCUGCAAACAUUGUUGUUUUCUGUUCUUGAUUGGCUAAGUAGACGCCUGAGAUGUUUCUAGUAAGUCUAAUAAAUGCUGCUAGGGAUUAUAUAGCUAAAAUAUAAAGUAAAGGUGCUAAUGGACACCCUUGUCGGGUGCCAUUUCUAAUAGGAAACCAAGCAAAAUCUAAGCCAUUUCCAUAGACCUUUGCUGAAGGACUAGAAUAUAGUGACAGUGCAAGAUCUUUACAUUUUCCUUCAAUUCCAAAAGCGGAAAGGGUAGCUGAUAAAAAAAAAAUUCCAGUUAACUCUGUACGCCUUUUCCGGGGUUGACCGCAAUGAAAACCGACGGAAGGAUAUCUUUGGUGGCAACGAACGUUUAAAUUUAAAAUCUUACGAACAUUAUCACAAGCCGUUCUCGAUUUUUGAUAAAUCCUGAUUGAGUUACGUUAGAAAUAACCAAACUAAGUCUAUCUGCCAAGAUUUUGGAAAAUAUUUUUGUAUCUUGAUUAAUAAGCAAGAUUGGACGAUAGUUGCUUAUAUAACAUGAAUCCUUGCCUGGUUUUGGAAUUGGUGAAAUCGUUGCACUCAGCAUAUCAGAAGAGAAACCCUUGUAUUCCUCUUUUUCUGCAAAUACAUUGCAUAAUAGGGGAGUAAUAAUUGGUUUGUAUGUUUUGUAAAAAUAUGCUGUAAAGCCGUGUAAGCCUUAUUUUUAAGAUUCAUAAUUACUCUUUUAAUUUCUUCCACUGUGAUGGGUUUAUUCAGAGUGUUUAGUUUUAGCAAAUCAAUUUUGGAAAGAGAAAGUUUAACAAAAAAAGAAUCAAAGUCAAUAGGAGAAACCCUAAUUUCCUGAAGGUUAUAAAGGGAGGCAUAAUACUCUGCAAAAGCCUUACCAAUGUUUUGAGGGAACAGAUGUAUUCUUCCACCUUCUAUAAAAAAAAUUUUUAAAUUCUAUUUUUCUUUAAGUCAGGUUUAAGUUUUUUUUGGAGAAGAGAUUUCCCCACUCUGUUAUUACUAGCAUACCAUCAUUGAUUGAAAUGUGUAAUUGAUCAUUUGACUUUUUCUUUGAAAACAUAUUUGAUCUGGAACUCUAUUGCAUUAACCCCUUAAGGAUGUGUGACAUGUCAUGAUUCCCUUUUAUUCCAGAAGUUUGGUCCUUAAGGGGUUAAUCUGUAGCUGUUAACAUUUUGCAAGUUGGAUAUAGAGGUCUGCUAAAUUAGCACCUCUUGCUUUCGUGGCUUUAGCUUCCAAUUGGAUAAAAUACCCCCUCAUGACACAUUUAAAUGAUACCCAAACAGUCUCAUUAGAGACCUGACCAUUAUCAUUCAACUUUAGAUAGUCCUUAACUAGAUAUUCUAAGUAAGCUCUAUUUUGUUCUAUCAGUAGGAUAGUCCUCUAAUUUCCAUUGAGGUCUAGAUUUAAAAUUAGAAUUAUUGUCUAUAGAAACAUUUAUAACAGCAUGAUCUGACCAAAUAGACCCAAUUUCAGAGCGUACAAACCUAUUUAGAGUUGAUGCGUCCGUAAUGAAUAAAUCAAUUCUAGAGUAGCUUAAAUGAACUUUAGAAGAAAAAAAGUAAAAUCUCUAACUUUCGGAUGUUGAGUUCUCCAAAUGUCAUAUAAAUCAAAAUGAACAAAAAGUUUCCUCUCGUAUAGUGGCAGUACUUACAAGUGGGAUGUUCCUUCUAGUUGGGACAAGAAGUGCUCCGCCUGCUGCCUCUAUAUAACCUGCCAGUCAGAGGAGAACUCCAAUUCUUCUUGUCCCGGCAAACAGGACAGACAAGUUCCCCCCCCCAGGAUCCAGGUGAGGCCCGGUAGCUCCCCGGGUGGGAGCUGAGCGGCACUGAUACUUUCGGGAUUCCCGUUAUGAAACACAACCGGAUAUCCAUUUUUGUGGCAUCUUUGGGAGUUUCCGGGCGAACCUCCCACCAAGGAGCUAUGCGCAUGCACACAGCGGUGGAACGCAUGCCCGGGUGGUUUUGCGUUACACAGAAUCGCGCUACUGUGCAUGUACAAAACGGUGUUCAAGAUUUUGGCGCCAAAAUUUAAAUUUGGGCCUAUAUAAAGCUGUGCAGAACCUAUCUGGCCCCAAGGGUGGGUGUACAGUCCUGGUUCUCCGUGUCACCAGCCCUCCUACAUGGCUCUAAGGUGGUUUGAGGUGAGAUUUAACUCUUUAAACUCUCCCUUAUCACCUAUCACUUUUGCAUGCUCCUAUAUAAAUGUCUGUUGUUUCUUUACAGAUAUGUCCAGUCCUAUUUUACCGGAUAAGGCAGAAAAAGAUAAGAUGUCUGCCUCUGUUCCAAAAAAAAAAAAGCCACAAAUCAAAGCACUUAUGUUGUCUGGAAUGUGCGGUCCCUCUACCUGAUGGAUGUCGCAAAAUGACGUGUAAUCAGUAUGCUAUGGAAUUGCUAGAAAAAAACAAGCAAACUGAUAUGUCUUCCUUCCUGUGCUGGUUCCAGGAAAAUAUAUCCCAGACUUUUGAAUCUUUUAAAGAUGCUGUUAAGAAAGAACCGACCUUUCAGGAGAAGCAGAUUAAGAAACGUAGGAGAGAUAGAUCUCCCUCUCUAUCUGAUAUCUCAUCAGGAGAAUGAUCUUCCUCCUCGCCUUCUGAUAUUUCCAGCGUAGCUUCGAGUGUGGAAGAGGGUUUUCCACCAGAAGAGCCUAAAAAAAUUUAUUAAAGAAGUAUCGACAGCUGUUCAGGAACCAGAACCUACCAAGGGUAAGGUUAAAGGUUUCCCUAUGCCUCCUAAAAUAAUGGAUCUCCUUCAAAAAGAAUGGAAGAAUCCUGAAAGGCGUGCGUUUAUUUCAAAACAUUUUAAACUUCUUUUCAAACUACAGUCUGAAGAGAAAUGGGAGGAUCUUCCCAAGGUGGACAUUCAGAUAGCCCAGCUGUCAAAAAAGACUACUAUACCCAUUGGUGAGGUCUCGGGACUGAAAGACCCAAUGGACUAGAGCCGAAACUUUGUGUAGAAGAAUUUUCCAGGCCACAGGCUACCAGUGCAGAGCCGAAAUAGCAGGCUCAGCGGUUCUCAGGGCACAGAGCAGUUGGCUCCAAGCCCUUGAAGACUCCCUCAUGGGUAAGUCUGAUUCAAACCCUGCCCAUCUUAUGUUCCUCCUAAAAUUAUCAAACAAAUUUCUUUCGGAAGCCUCUGAUGAGAUUCUUCGUUUAUCAGCCAGAAUCAUGGGUUUGUCAUCUGUGGCCAGAAGAGCUCUGUGGCUACGAACAUGGACAGCUGAUUCAGCAUCUAAGGCAGCCCUGUGUGAACUACCCUUUGAGAGGAACAAGCUCUUUGGCACUCCUUUGGAAGACAUUAUCAGACAAAUGUCAGAAACUAAGAAGGCGCUACCUCUGGAGUCACGACCCCAAAAAUAUAAAAGAAAUCAGUUCAAGGGUCAGCGUUCCUUUCGUUACCAAGGGCGUUCUCGCAGAUUUAAAAAAACAGCAGCCAAUGGUCUAGGCAGGAUUUCAACAGACAAGAAAAAAGAGGAAAUUCUGACGCCAAGAGAGUAGGAGGACGCCUUCAGUUCUUUGCCCACAAAUAGGUAAAGAUAACAUCCAACGGGUGGACUCUAAGAACUAUUUCAGAGGGUUACAGAAUAAAGUUCUCUGCAAUACCACAACCAUCCAUCCAUCCUACUGUCAGGCUCUCCUGGCAGAAGCUCUUUUUCUUUUGCAAAAAAAAUUAUAGAAAAGAUACCAAAACAAUGGGAAUUUCAAGCUGUGUACUCUCGCCUGUUCUUGGUACAAAAACCAGACUGAUCUUUUCGGCCUAUCCUGCACCUAAAAAAGGUCAACGCCUGCAUACCCUAUCAAAGGUUUCAUAUGGAGAAUAUUCUGUCUGUCACGCACAUCUUGCAAAAAGGGUAUUCAUGGCAAAGCUAGACUUAAAAGAUGCUUACCUCCAUGUUCCAAUGUCAGAGUCCUCCGGGAAGUUCCUCAGAUUUGCAGUUUUAACAGGAAAGCAAAGAAUUCUCCAUUUUCAGUUCAAGGCUCUACUCUUUGGCCUGUCAUCGGCUCCUCAUACACUUACUAAAAUCCUGGCAGCCAUAGCAUCUGCUUUGCGCCUGGAGGGUAUUUCGAUAGUUUCGUAUCUGGACGACUGGUUCUUGAAAGCCCAAUCGGAACAACUUCUUCUAAGAUCUCAUCUCGCGAUCGCUAUGAAGGUGCUGGAAAACAUGACCAUCUCAAGUUGGACUCUCCCAAUCUCUACCAACGUGAUAGAGCGGGUGACUCUUCCCUUAGAAACCCUUGCAAUGUUCCACCUGACAGCAUGGCUUCUGCAAGGUUGAUCCUCCAAGGACAUGGUCUCUCAGAUCGCUUAUGUGACGUGUUGCUGUCUUCAGUCCGCUUGCCCACGUCAAGAGUUUAUGUCAGGGUUUGGUUAAAGUUCAGGUCCUGGUGUUGCAUUCGAGGUUCGGAUCCUGUCAGAGCAUCAGUCCCAGAAAUUCUGUCCUUUUUGCAGGAUGGGUUUGAAACCGGACUAGGGGUCUCUACUCUCAAGGGACAGAUUUCAGCCCUAAGUCAUUUCCUGGUUCAUGACAUUGCCUCUGACCUGCUUAUCCACAGGUUUUUUUUUUUUAAAAGCCAUACGGCUCAAGCGGCCUCCCAAGAUAGUCCCUUUUCCUACCUGGGAUUUGUCCUUGGUGCUUCAAGCCCUUUGUGAACCACCGUUUGAACCAUUACUAGAGGUUCCCUUAAAGCUUCUUACCUUCAAGACCGCAAUCCUUGUGGCGAUCGCCUCUGUAAGGAGGAUAGGUGAAAUUCAGGCUCUAUCCUCCUCUCCUGAAUUCACCAUUUUUCAUCAAGAUAAAGUUGUCCUGCACCCCAGGCCUCCUUUUUUGCCCAAGGUUAUUUCAAGUACUUCUUUAAUCUGAAGACCUCUGUAAAGCAGCCACUUGGUCAUCGUUUCAUACCUUUUAUUAAACAUUAUAGGCUGGACAUUUUUCUCAUCACCUGAAGCUGCUUUUGGGCGUAAGGUGCUUCAGGCAGUGGCCUUCUGAGUCCCCACCCUUUUGUUUUGUUUCCAGGGAUCUCGCUAUAUCCCACUUGUAAGUACUGCCACUAUACAAGAGGAAAAACAGUAAUUUUACUUACCGUAAAUUCAUUUUUUCUUAGUAUAGUGGCAGUACUAGUUUUUCCCUCCACUUUUAUAUGGAUUAAUUAAUUUUGUAGUAUUCAGUCUCUGUUUUGGUUAUUUUGGAUUACUGGAGUUCUCCUCUGACUGGCAGGUUAUAUAUUGGGCCAGCAGGCAGAGCACUUCAAUUAUCCUAAAAAGAAGGGGGAGCUUCUUGUUUCAACUAGAAGGAACAUCCCACUUGUAAGUACUGCCACUAUACUAAGAGAAAAGAUGAAUUUGCGGUAAGUAAAAUUACUGUUUUCUUGAAGCUAUUUUGUGCGAGAUUUGUAUAAAGUUAACAUACGCUUAGAAACUUUAGAAUUUUUAUUCAUCUUAACAACUAACACUGUAUUUCAAUCGCCACCACUGAGUAAAACCCACUUUUUAAUUUUCUCCACUUUCCAAAAAAACUUCUUAUAUGGGAGAAAUCCUUUGGAACAUAUAACUUGACAUGGGCAUAUGUAAUUGAAAAAAAUCUCAGGCACUCACUGUGAAUUCUUCCAGGCAGUUUAUUGCAACGUUUUGACUGAAACCAGAUCUUUAUUAAGCUAACACCACAGAAACAAAAAAGCAUUUUAUACACACAUUAUAAUCGAUCAACGUGAAAUUACCAAAUUUAUUAACAUAAAAAGGGGGAUGGGGCCUGACCGCCAACAGGAUCAGACGUGCUCUGUCCGAGCUCCCGCUUCAGGGCCUGAAGAUCAGUGCCAACUAGGAGCCAAACCCAACCACUGACCCAUACUGGUGCCCACAGCAACCUCCUGCUGCUGGGUACACAGGGACCCUAGACCCUAACUGGCAUCCAAGAGGAAAUGGCUGACACAUCCCGGUAAACUAUCUUUUUUUUUUUUUUUUUUUUUUUUUACAUCCUCCGUUAUACCUUUUUAAGUCUUACAUUGUUUCUAUGGGAUCUGUCUUCCAGCUGUGUUAAUUUGUUAUCCACCUCUAACUGAUUUUAUUUUUUUUAUUUUUUUUGGGGAGGGGUGGGAUAUAUUUUGGGACUGAAGCAGAGUAACUUCUAAACUUUUUUUUUUUUUUUUCUCUCAAGCUCUGCUCUAGCAAUUUAGAGUUAAAAAUGGACACCUCUUUAAUUACUUCCACUAGAUCUUGUUUUAAAUCUUUUUCAUAAAGUUCAUCCAUCAUCUUCUUCAGGCUUAGGUUUGUUAUAGACUCUGCUGAAGAUUCCCGAGGUCCUUUAUUUGCCUGAGCUUCCUCUAAAGGAGGGGAUAUAGAUCUUCUAAAAAAAUGAGAUUUAUUAGGUUCUUAUUUAGGAGAAUAAUGUACAUUUAUAGAUUUAUUCUUUUCAUUAUUACCAGCAGAUAGAGGUGUGUUUUUUUUUUUUUUUUUUGGGAGGCAUGUUUUAGAGAUCGAAAGAGUAAGGAUUCAAAGAUCUCUGGAUACAAAAAAUAACAAUGUAUCUGAACCUUCCCCCUUCUCGAUCCUUAAUAAAAAGGAGAGAGGAGGAAGAGGAGAACACCACCACCUUAAAACUAAAGUCUCUCUCUUCCGCCUCCAUCCAAUAAAGGAGUGAAGGAGGGAGGGUGGGACCCAGGCAAAAAAAAAACACAAAACCCACAAUUAGUAAUAUAGCAUUUAAGCAAUAACGGUUUUAAAUCUCUAGUAAUAAAGAGCACUAUAGUGUCCAAUAAAGAGUAUCUCUUCUGCCUUCUUAUUCCUCUUCUCUCUUUAUAUGUAGAUCUCUAAUCAAAUUAACUUGAACACUUAAAUUAAUCCGUAGAAGAUAAGCCAAAGUUUUCAAACCAAAUCUUUCUUGGUAUAGAGAAGGGGAAACGUGUUCUUUAACAAUUGGUUCUUUUUAUCUCAGGUGGAUAGCUGCUUCACCUAUCUGAGUAUUAACACUAGUUACUAUAAUGAGAGCAAAUAUAAUAUGAGCCACCCAGAUAAACGAGAGAGCUGGACUGGGAUUGAUAGGCACCUACAGGGCCGCCAUCAGAAAUUUUGGGGCCCCUGACAAAGCACAAGGUCUGGGCCCCCCCCCCCCACCCUCCCUCCCGGGCCCGCCCACGCCCUACCUGGUCCGCUGACAAUGAUGCAGGACUGAAUGUGGUGUGUAUAGUAGAAGUGAAUUAGAAUAUGUGUAAUGGAUGUAGUGUUUGUGUGUAUUAGAUACUGUUUGUACAGUGAAUGCAGAGUGUGUGUUUGUGUAGCGGAUGCAGUGUGUAUAGUGAACGCAGAGUGUGUUUGAGUAGUGGAUAUAGUGUGUGUGUUUGUGUAGUGGAUGUAAUGUUUUAUGUACUAGAUGAAAUGUGUUUAGUGGGUGCAGUGUCUGUAGUGGAUGUAGUGCGUGUAUUAGACGCAGUGUCUGUGUAUAGUGAAUGCAGAGUUUUUCAAUGUGUGGUGGAUGUAGUGUGUGUACUGUGAAUACAGGAUGUUUGUGUAGUGGAUGCUGUGUGUACAGUUAAUGCAGAGUGUAUGUUAGUGUAGUGAAUGCAGAGUGGGUGUCAGUAUAGUGAAUCCAGAGUGUAUGCAUAGUUUAGUGAAUGCAGAGUGUGUUAGUGUGUAGUGAAUGCAGAGUGUGUCAGUGUAAUGAAUGUAGUGUAUGUGUUAGUGCAGUGAAUGCAGAGUGUGUGUGUAAAUUUGUAGUGAAUGCGUGGUGUGUUUUAAUAUGUAGCGAAUGCAGAAUGUGUUAAUGUGUAGUGAAUGCAGAGAGUGUGUUAGUGUGUAGCGGAUGCAGAGUGUGUGUUAGUGUAGUGAAUGCAGAGAGUGUGUUAGUGUGUAGCGGAUGCAGAGUGUGUGUGUUAGUGUAGUGUAUGCAGAGUGUAUGUUGAGUUAGUGUAUGCAGUGUGUUGUGUUAGUGUAUGCAGUGUGUGGUGUGUUAGUGUGUGCGUUGUGUUAGUGUAUGCAGUGUGUGUGUGUUUUGUUAGUCUAACCUCUGAGGAGGGGUCUAUGGCACAACACAUGCUCAUUCAUCUAUGCAUUAUUCCCAUAUACCUCCUGGCCUGUUGUGUUAGUGUAUGCAGUGUGUGUGCUAUGUUAGUGUAUGCAGUGUGUGUGUUUUGUGUUAGUGUAUGCGGUGUGUGUUGUGUUAGUGUAUGCAGUGUGUGUGUGUGUGUUGUAUUGGUGUAUGCAGUGUGUUGUGUUAGUGGAUGCAGUGUGUGUGUGUGUUGUGUUGUAUUAGUGGAUGCAGUGUGUGUGUGUGUGUGUGUUAGUGUAUGCAGUGUGUGUGUGUGUGUGUGGGUGUGUGUGUGUAAACGUGCAAUCUGUGGGGGGGGAGGAAGGGGCAUUUUAACAUAAAUUUUUAAUUAAUUUAAUUAAAUGUUUCUCCCCCCUCCCUGCUUACCUGUAUCCAGGGAGGGGGUAGAUUCCAUCUGUGCUCUGGCAGUCCUGGGCCCCACUUUCUUUCUCUGCACACAUAGAUAGCGUAGGGAGCCGGGGGCCCGCGGCUGCACACAUAGAUAGCGAUAUACGCUAUCUAUGUGUGCAGAGAAAGAGAAAGUGGGGCCCAGGACUGCCGUGACAACAGUCACGGUUGUCACCCCCUGAUGGCGGCCCUGGGCACCUAUAUCACUUCAGUGCUCUUAAAACUUCACUGCUCAUCCCGCUCCUGUUAAAUAUGUCAGUCCCAUUAUAAGAUUUUAUCCGGCUCUUUAAAAUUUUCCGCUAACCUGGUCCCACUAUCGCGAUUCCAGGCUUUCCUCCACUUGAUCUUUCACUUUAUUUUUCUUCUCUUCCGUCUCCUAUUUUCCCCUUUCUUUAUAUAAUUUCCUUUUUUUCAUUAACUUCUGCCGCUAGUUAGGAGCUAUGCCCCAUACACAGACCUGGCAAUAUGUAGCAUAAAUGCAAACCACAAUGGUAAUGUUAAUCCAGCUGAGCUCAUCAAGAGUCUGACCAUCAGCAAACACACACUCCGGUAGGUUUGCUUCCCUAAAGCAGCACACAGGUCUCCAGACUCCCAAUCUCUCUUCCUCAACCUUCAGAUCAGUCAGGGGUCAACCUGGCACUGUAUUCAGAAGAGAUGCGGCUGCAUCAAAGACUCCAUACGCUUUCAGUCAAGUGUGCCAAGACACUCGGAUUCCAUGCUUGUGCAGCUCUCGCACCUCGCUUCUCCUGUAACCAUACAGCCACACCUAUGAUGCCCACACAACGUUCCUAUGUCAUAAUGUAGGAUAAGGCAAAGACUUUUAACCCUUUCUUUAUCUUUAUCUAUGACAAGUCCCCUCUUCUGGCACUGCAGGUGAGUGUGUUAGGCAAGGUAUAGCCAGGGAUACUAAUUAUACCUUGGGACUUUUAAUUAUCAUCUUCACCUCUAUUCCCUUGCCAUCUUACACCAACAGAACCAUCAAGGAAACCUGUCCAGACAACUGUAUAUACAGGAUAAUAUGUUAUUAAAUCCAUGUCUCAUUAUGCAAUACAUCCAUAGGUAUAGCUCUGUGUGUCUAGGGGAAUAUUCACUAAGCAUUGCAUAGGUAAAACAAUUAAUUUUCCAACAAACCUCUACAGUGUGCUUGGAGUGUUCCUUUAAAAGAUCUUGCACAAGUUUAUUAAACGACUACUAUAGGCACCCAGACCACUUCAGCUCAAUGAAGUGGUCUGGGUGACAGUUCCCUCUAGUUUUAACCAUGCAGCUGAAAACAUAGCAAUUUCAGAGAAACUGCUACGUUUACACUGAGGGUUAAUCUAGCCUCUAGUGGCUGUCUCACUGACAGACGCUAGAGGCGCUUCCGCAACUCUCAUUGUGAAAAAUCACAGUGAGAAGACGCUGGACGUCCAUAGGAAAGCAUUGAGUUUGGCGCUGACGUCGGCAGUUGGAGGAGAGUUCCCCAGCGCAGAUGGAGCCCGGCGCUGGAGAAAGGUAAGUGGCUGAAGGGGGGCCAUGAAGGUUGGGGGGACCUAAGGAUUAUAUAGUGCCAGGAAAACGAGUUUGUUUCCCUGGCACUAUAGUGGUUCUUUAAGGGAGAACUAUCACCUGAAUACUAUUUGUUUUUUAAAAGAAAAUUGAUUCUUUGUUAAAUGAUGGAUAUGUUUAAAAAAAAAAAAAAAAUCAUGUUCCCUACCUUUAGUAUAUGACAGGAUCCUUCAGCCAUAUACAUACACUUUAGACAGUGUUUGACUUUAAAUGUUAGCCAGUCUGAUGAUGUCACAGCCCGGUGCAGGGAGUGAAGCAGAGAAGACCAUAGAGAAUCACUUUCGGUUUUCAAAGGGGUGAACUUGACAUUUUCCACCCUCCACCCAAAUGGUUCUCACAUCCCCAGCCAGGUAGCGAGAGGGAAUGUGUUUAAAAACCUUAGUAGGAUAUUGUGCCUUGUUGCACAAAACGUAUUCAGCUUGGAUAUGUUUUUUUUAGGUUUUGUGCUGCUAUGUCCAUUUUUUUGACUUUUUGUUUUUAAACCAUCUCAGUAAAAGGCGUGUUUUAUUCAAACAUGGAUUGCACCUACUUUAUAUACAGUUUUCAGCGUUAGCUAGUGUAUCUACACAUUUUGUCUAGAGGUUCCAGAGCCUCUAGUAACCCAUUCCCAAACAAAAGUACCCUACCUACACAACUCACCCUCAUAAAUGAAGCUCCAGGCACAUGCCCAUGGAAUAGGCCCAUUGAUUUAAAAAUGUAUUUACUACUCUUGCUUUGCAGAGAGGGAAUUCAGGAGAAAUACAGGGGAAGAAACAUUGUGUGGACUAUUGACUAUAAAAUAGUGGCUGGAAAGCUGAAUUUGUACUGUGCAAAUGUUCUUGCUAUUUUGGGGUCUCUAUAGUGUGGAAUGCCUCAUUUAUGCUACACUCACUGCAUCCACCUUUUUCUCUGUCCCUGACUGCAUACUAGGAACUUCUGUCUGCUACUAAAAUGGGAAGAAGUGCAAAAGUGAGUGCUUGAGCAUACCAGGGGACUGUCACCAGUAAGCAUCAUUAGAAGUGGUAACUCCAAGCUCAGGGUGCUGAAACAGAGCUGUCUGUAUAGCUGUUUGACCUUCCAAUUCUUUGGGCAGACCCACCCUGAUUCUGGGUGAGUCUGCCCCUUUGGUCUGUGCCAAUAACAUGAUUCACAUCACUGGCCCACCUCCUGUUACCCCUCCCUCCAAAGUCCAAAUUCACAGGACACCGAUAUUGGGGAAUAUGGAUUUGGUUGAGAGAUGAAAGGAAAAGCUUAGAAUAGGCUAUGUGUAUUCUUAUAAGUACAUUAUGUGAUUCCUGUCACACUUUAGAUGUGGGAAGAGAUUUAUGGGGGUUGGCAGGGACAUUAGAUCCUUGAGCCUUAAUAAUUUAAUAGCUCUCAUCCAGUGCCUGUGGAGUGGUGCGGGGGGUCAGUACAUUCCUCUGUCUGUAUUAAUUCGAGCCACUGACCACAGGACACUAAAUCCCCCACCCCUAUUUAUUUAUUUGUUGGCUACACCAUGUAGCUAAAGUGGGACACUAUAAUGUUCCCCAGCUUCUUAUUUUAAAGGAAAUACAGCUAAUUGAAGUGGUCUGGGUGCUGUGCCCCUUUUGCACUUAGUGCUGCAAUGUAAAAUAUUGCAGUUCCAGAGAACAGUGUUUACAUUGCAGCUCUAAGUCUACUCUCUGUGGUUGUCUAACAGUGAGCAUUGAAUAAUGUUUUCAUACUGGCAGAGCAUGCGCAUGCGCAUUAGGUCUCCCCUGCUGGCUGAUGUCGGUGGGGGAAGAGCGUGGGCGGUGCUCGACCCGGCGCUGGAUUCAAGUAAGUAACUGAUUUGGGGGGGGGAGCAGGAGGGAGAGAGGCACUCCAGGAUUCUCUAGUGCCAGGGAAACAGAGUGUACAGGGACCUGUACUACAUACAUACAACACACCAACAAAUACCAUGCUCAACCCAAAUACACAACUGUCACAGUACCAAAGUAGGAUAGAACAUAUUACUGGUCAGAGUGUACAAAAGUAAAAUAGAACAUAUUACUGGACCUUAGAGUGGCUGGGCUUCAGAACGGAGGACGUACAAUUACGCCCUAUUUUAGGCGGCUCUAAACGCCGCUGGGUGUAAUUGUACGCCCUCCGGUUUUUGUUCACUUACCCGGUCGCCGGCGAUCGCGGUGGGGGGGACUCCCAGGGAGCCCCCCGCAGUAGAUCCUCCUCAUCCGGUGCCCCCCGGCCAUGUGAGAGUGGGGUCCUUGCGAGGACCCCACAAUCACAUGGCCGGGUAGGCUGCCUCCUGCAUUGCUGGCUGAAAAUAAAAUUCAAAUAAAAUGUAUUAGUGUAAAAUUACCUGAACACAAAUAUUAGUGUUUCAAAACAGUAAAAUGUAUUACAACGAUGAUUUCACCAGUAAAAGUGAUGUUUUUUGAAUUUUUCAUGCACAAACAGCACUUACACGGACGAUAUUAUUGCUGUGAUACUUUUUACUGUUUUGAAACACAAAUAUUUGUGUUCAGCGAAGUCUCCCGAGUACAACAGUACCCCUCAUGUACAGGUUUUAUGGUGUUUUCAAAAGUUACAGCAUCAAAUAUAAGGCUUGCAUUUCAUUUUUUUCACAUUAAAAUUCGCCAGAUUGGUUACGGUGCCUUUGAGACCCUAUGGUAGCCCGAGAAUGGAAAUGACCCCUAUGAUGGCAUACCAUUUGCAAUAGUAGACAACCCAAGGUAUUGCAAACAGGGUAUGUCCAGUCUUUUUUAGUAGCCACUUAGUCACAAAAUUGGCGUUCUUUUGCAUUUUUCACACAAACAAAUACUAACGCUAACUUUGGCCAGUGUUUGUGACCAAAUGGCUACUAAAAAAUACUGGACAUACCCCAUUUGCAAUACCUUGGGUUGUCUACUAUUGCAAAUGGUAUGCCAUUAUGGGUGUAAAUUUCAUUCCUGGGCUACUAUAAAGUCCCAAAAGCAACGUACCUAAUCUGGCGAAUUUCAAUUUCAAAUGUAAUGUGCUAUAUUUGACCCUGUAACUUCCCAAAACGCCAUAAAACCUGUACAUAAGGGGUAUUGUUUUACACUUGGGACUUUGGUGAAUACAAAUAUGUGUAUUUUAUUGCAGUAAAAGCAAACAGUAUUAUGACAUUCACAGUUAAAAUGUCAUGUAGAAUUAAAAAAAAAUUAAAAAUUCUUAUUUUCUCCCAUUUUUUUUUUUUUUUUUUCCAUAUUAAAUUAUGUUUCAUAGCUAAAUAUUUGAUAUUAAAUGAAAGCCAUCUUUCCCCUGAAUAAAAAGAUAUAUAAUAAGGGUGGGUGCAUUUAAUAUGAAAGAGCUGAAUUACGGUUGGACAGACAUGUAGCGCAAAUGCCAGGUUUUGUUUACAUUUUGUUUCGUUCACAACGUGUACAUUUGGCUCAGUCCUUAAGGGGUUAAAGUGGACCAUGAGAAAAUUCGUAAAUGACUAGACAAGCCGAGAUGAGGAUAACAUGGAUACGGGAGGACGAGUAAAUGUAACCAGGUCAUGAUUACAGAGAUACACAAGGUCAGAGACCAAGCCAAAGUCAGAACCAAGAGUCAAAAUAGUGAAACAAUCACACUGAUUGGGAAAUCAUGACUCUGGGGCAGGAAAAGUUAUUUAAAUCAUUUGUUUAAAAGAUGUUUUUAGUUCAUCGUGACAUUGUUUUGUUUUACAACAGCUUUGUAAUGGCAAAUGAAGCUCGUCCCUGUCCAUGUGACAUUGGAGAUAAAUUUGAACAUGAAGAACAAGGAAAAGUGAUACAGAUUGAACACAUUAAAGCUUAUGUAUGCAAACCGCAUUCCAGCACAGACAAAGCUGUUAUUGUAGUCCAAGAUAUCUUUGGAUGGGAGCUCCCUAACACUCGAUUCAUUGCUGAUCUACUUUCUGCUCAUGGAUACAUGUAAGUUAUUUCCUAUUCAGUACACCCUCCAUGAAAUGUAAAUAUCGGUAAUUAAACAAUUAUUUCUUUGCAAUAAAUAUACCGACAAAUUUGUGGACUUUUGUUUUACUGUGUCUAUAUGUUUUUGACUGCAUGUAUCUAGCCCAUAUCUAAUUUACUGCAUUGCAAUUUACUCGUCCUAUUUUGAUCUUUUAAUGUAUUAUUUUAAUACUAGUUAGGUAACAAAUAUGUUCACCUUACUCUCAGAAUUUAAAGGUGAAGUGACAAACGGACUUAAAAUUAAUAUUAUCACUUCUUCAAAUACUGGGGAUUGUAUAUAAAAUCCACAGAGCAAUAAUGUGGUUUCUGCUAACACUAUUAUUUUAUUAUUAUUAUUUUUAAUUUUUCAUAAAAAUAUUACAAAUAUCACAUGACUUGCAAUAAUAAUAGCCAUAUUAGUUGAGCCAACAUAACAUCUUCCAAGUCAUCAGUUCUUGAUAGAUCUGUGUACAUCACAAACGAAUCGCGUACACAUAGUUAACAAAAUUACAAUUAAGACAAAAUAGACAAAACCUUGCUGGGGGAUUACGAGAGAGUGGUAGCCCCUUGUUCAUUUGAACACUUCAAAAUUAGGUCUAUUGUCAGCAGUUUGCAAUGAGCAAAUCAUCAAAAGUAAUUGAAAUAGCUCAACACAACAAAUGCUUUAAGUGGUUUCCUUUAAAUUCAUCUGAAAAUGCAACUUAUGACUUCUCCAGUCUCAAUUAUUCAACCCACUUCCUGAAUAGAAUCCCUCACAACAGAACAAAUAUACAAAACCGGCAAUAAUCUUGUAAUAAUUGACUGAAUCAGCUUGUCUGGGUCUCCCAUAUCUAGUUUUAAGUAAUCCGCCAGCAUUUUCUUUAUAUCUUGUUUUUAAGUAUGUUUUCUAAUGUAUUUUGUUUAGUUGAACUUUCCAUCACUAGAUGUUCAUGCGAGUAUAAUUUUUUUUCUUAUAUAUGUAAAAAUCUCUCUUUUAUUGAAACUAUUAAUGCAAAUUCACCACCAACCCAACAGCCUGUUUUUCCUUAAAGGGGUACCCUAGUGCCAGGAAAACAAACCUGUUUCCCUGGCACUAGAGAAUCCUGGAGUGCCCCCUCCCUCCAGCCCACAUCCCAUGUCGCUGAAGGGGUUAAAACCCCUCCAACUACUUACCUGAAUCCAGCGCCGAUGUUCCUCGGCGCUAGGUCAGACUCUGCCCAUGCUCCGCCUACGUCAGCUGGCGGGGGAGACCUAAUGCACAUGCACGGCAAUGGCCGCGUGCGCAUUAGACCUCCCCAUAGGAUAGCAUUAUUCAAUGCUUUCCUAUAGGGAAAAUCUGAUGCUGGAGGUCCAUAAAGACGUCCAGCGUCAGAUAACCGACCAAAUAUCCGCUUAGAUUCCGGGAGCCACAGAGGGCAUACUUGGAGCUGCAAUGUAAACAUUGCAGUUCUCUGGAAAUUGAAUGUUUUACAUUGCAGCACUAGGUGCAAAAGGGUCACAGCACCCAGACUACUUCAAUUAGCUGAGGUGGUCUGGGUGCCUACAGUGUCCUUUUAAGAUGUUGUUAAAGCGCAUAGCUAUACUUGCAUGAGGACAUACAGCACCUCAUAAAACCCCAUAGGAAAACAUUAUACAUGCUUUCCUAUGGGAGAAGUACUAAUGUGAGAGUGGCCAGGUAAGCAAAGUACUAAUGCGAACGGAAGCGGAACCUAAACCAGUGCUGAGGCCGGGACAUUAGUUUUAAACCCCUUCUGCACCACAGGGGUGGCCCGCGACGGAAGGGGGCACUAUCAUUAAUUAUAACUUUGUCGUGAAUUAGAUCUUUUGUUUCCUAGCAGUAGCUGUCAAAAUUUAGUGUACUAUAACUAGAAAAUAAAUUUCAUUUACAUUAUUAUUUAUUUAUUUUUUACACUGCAUGUGGAGUAGGCAAUACAAUGUAACAUGAUAUCUUUCACAGAAAAGUACGUCCUGCAAGGGCUGCAUAGGAUUUACAGUGUACACCAUACAGCAUGAGUUUUUUUAUGAAAUAAAGGAAAGAAAAAGAAAAGAGGAAAACAAAAGUAGAACCAUAAUGAUACCGGAGAAACUGACGGAAGCAAAGCACAGAGAGAUGGACACAGGUUUCUUCAGGAAGGAAGAGAUUCUUUAUUGGAUCACCGAUCGGGACUCAGAGGGACUAAUGUCACCAAAAAUACAGCAAGUUCUGAGCCCUGAACAAUAGUGCAGGCUUCCUAUAUAGGCACAUAACUCCUCCCAUAUUAAACUCCACCCGCACAUUCUCUUGACCAAUCAUUACAAAUAAGAAUUAACUUCCUGCUUGACCGCAUGGCUUGUCCAGCACAAUGGAGGAGGGGAAUACUACAUCCUGUAUUCUUGCACAUGCUCCGUACACUACUGAUCGUAUCUUGCCUCGUGCAACCAACUGAUCGAUACGUCAGCAUAUGCACGUACACAUGCCACGUGGUAAUCUCUGCCUACUAAAUUUAUUUUUACCGAGAUUCCACCACAUUCCCCCCUUUGAUGCCUCUUGAUAUUUUACAAUUACUUGAGGCAUCACUUAACCUUGGUUUGCAUACACCACAAGUUACCUUUGAACCAGACCAGACUUAUCCUAUGAUGUGAAUCUUCAACACUCGUCUUCCUGCAUUGGUUCUCCCUGAUCUAGAGCCUUAUAUUUAUAAAUUGCCAUUAUCUGUGCAGCAGCCUUCCUCUCUGCUAUAUUUUCUAUCAGGCUUUGCACAGACCUAACUACUAAGGGUAUAAGACACGGCAGGAGUAGACACAACAUUAAAAUCAGUAGGACUCCACCUACCACUGCCUUAAGCCCUCCAAACCACUCAUACCAGCUACCAAACCAACUACUUGGAUUGUACCCUUUCCAUACCUGAGUAGGCACAUGCGCUAGUUUAACCAUAUGGCUAGUAAGCUCAGCUAUUGCUUGCCCUUCGUCAUCUAUUUGAAGACAGCAAUUGCUCAGGUUAAACUUCCCACAUACACCUCCCUCUACUGCCAAAAGAUAAUCCAAGGCUAAUCUAUUUUGGUAAACUGCUGUCCUCAUCCUGGUAUUAUGCUUCGCUAGAAGAUUGAGCGCUUGUGAUGUCUCGUUAGUAAUGAUCUCAACCACCGCCUGUAACCUUAUAAUGCGGUUGAGCAUAUAAAUAGGGGUUCUAUAACCAAAGGUACCAUCCUCUGCCCACGUGGCUGGCCCAUAAUAAUCUAUAAUACGCUGGGGAGGCCAUUCAUUAUCUUCCCAGGCACCUAUCUCUAUGGGUCCCCUUUUCUUCCUAUGAUUCACAUCAUACACUUUAACACCUAAAGUCUCACCUGUUUCAAUAGGCAACAAGAAGAAGGAUGGUUUCAACAUACCCAACACACAUGCCCCUUCCCAGUCCUGUGGUAACUCCGAAUAGGCCUUCUUACCACAGAUCCAGUACAAAUUCGCUGGGGCUCUCCAGUUAGAUGUGAUGGAUAGAUCAAACCAUACGUCCUUUAAAUUGGCAUAUCUUGCAAACGGGUUAGAUGGUUCUGAGACAUUUGAAGCCGACCACCAAGUUGUAUUCUUUGUAUCAUCAUCAUAAGCUUUUUGCCCUAGACAAGUUAAUUCUCCUACAGAAGUAUUAUACAUCAUUCCUUUCCUCGCUAUGCAAACAUAACCUAUGAUGGAGGUCUUCAAUCUCCACUCAGAUUUACCUCUAACACUCAUAUGAUAGUCGGCUUGUGUAGAUAUUAAUUGGUCAACUGCCUCAGAACCGGACAUUACCUCCUUUGCUUCCCAAGGCCAUUGGUCUCCCAUGUUAGUACCUCCACACACAUAGCAGUUGGUAACAUUAAGACUACCGGCAAUACUCUCGGCUAAAUCAAUGAACAAGUUUUUAGCAUUAUGGGGGAUCUUAUUAUCUAUGCUCAUCUCUUCAUAAAAGGAAUGGUAUACUUGAUGAGUUUGGGAGGUUACCGUAUCAGUCUCUAUCCCUAUAAACAAUAUUGUCCCAGGGUCUAAACCCAUCCCAUAUAUUUGAAAAACCCAAAUAAAUUACCAUAUUUAUCUAAGAACUUGUCAGGCUUAUUUAUAAGUAUAUGGAUUGGAUUGCAUUCCAUAGACUUACAAUAUGGAUCAGUAGGCAACUUAGUCACAAUCAUGUCCUUGUCUGCUGUCUGUCCCCAAGUCGCCCACCCCACACAAGACCAAUAUGGGCAGAAGUUAUAAUCUCUAUUUGGGCAUCUUGGACUUACAUAUUUAUUUUUACUACUGGGACAAAUAUAUUUAUCGUUAGACCCAUACGUCCUCUCCCAUCUAAGAUCCCCACAUACAUUCCACGGCUUUCUACCACUUGAUAUUGCUUUACACGCAUCAAAUAGCAGAGCACCUGAAGAAUAUACGGAUUUUAAUACCGUCUUAUUAAUUAGGGUCCCCUGAGGAUCUCCAUUUCUGAGAGUCAACCAAAUUGUACGGGGUUGAUACUCAGGACUGAAGCACUUAGGUUCUCCUACUCCUAAAUGACACACACUAUAUUCUAUAUUUAAGUAUCUACAUCUUGAUACAUCUCCUUUACACUCAUAUUGCGAAUGCCAAAUUAGGGUCUGGGAUAUAUGGUUACCUGUUCUUGUAGUCUUAAUGCAUACCUCACAGCUAGGAGUGUUGGUACCUCUACCUUCCUGAAUAUAAAAAUACACAUAAAUAAACAUUAUUAAAAAUACAUCUUUCGUCGUCAUCCUCAGUCUUCGUCCGUGCGAAGGCACCUCAGCUUCCAGGAUGUAAGGACUGCAGGGAAUGGAGUUCUGCUCGUCUUCACAGGGGUCCCCUCAAGACUUUCCCUGACUUAUACACUCGUUGGUGAGUGGACAGGCUUUAUUAUGGCCUUCUCACUCACUUACCAAGUCUCUGAAACAAUAAAAUUUGUAAUCCACAAGGUUCCUCGUCACUCCGACUGAGUCGUGCGUUUUAACCGGAUCUUGCAGGGAUUCUCUGGAUUUGCUGUAACUUGCCAGGAAUCGGCUGCUGCUGGUUUAACCCUGGAGUGAUGUAUCCACGGAGUCACUUCGGCUACUUUUAUCGCUGUAGGGGUAGACAAAAGAACAACAUAAGGACCUCUCCACUUGGGCCCUAACGGCACAUUAUUCCACUCUUUAAUCCACACUUGGUCGCCUGGGUGGUAACUAUGAAUUGGGGGAUAAAUAUUCACAGGUAAUCUAUCUUGUACCCAUUUCUGUACCUCCUCCAUAGUCUUACCCAACUCUACAACCUGCUGCCGGGUAAUUCCUUCUCCCAACUGACUCAAAUCCCCCCUUAAGUUACCAAGCACGGGAGGUGGUCGCCCGUACAUGAUUUCAAAAGGAGAGAGGCCCAUCCUUCUGGUAGGUGUACUACGGAUUCGCAAUAGAGCUAUGGGCAAGAGAACGUUCCACUUAAGUUGGGUUUCCUGACACAUUUUAGCCAACUGAUUCUUAAUAGUUCUAUUCAUUCUCUCUACCUUACCAGAACUCUGGGGUCUAUAUGCCGUAUGAAGCCUCCACUUUAUACCAAGCAUAUGAGUCAAUUGUUGUAGGCACUGAUGAACAAAAGCUGGACCAUUGUCCGAUCCUAUAGAGCAGGGUAGUCCAUAUCGGGGUAUUAUUUCUCGUAGCAGGAAUCUCACGACUUCUCCUGCUUUCUCUGUACGAGUAGGACAUGCUUCUACCCAGCCUGAAUAGGUGCACACCACUACCAGCAGGUAGCGAUGUCCACCCGAUUUAGGCAUCACUGUAUAGUCAAUUUGUAAAUCGGACAUGGGAAGUCCCCCCAUAAACUGGACUCCUGGUGGCUUUACUGGUCCUUGUCUUGCAUUAUUUUUAGCACACGUUACACAUCUACGUACAAUGGCCUGAGUCAAGUUGGACAAUCUUGGUAUGUAGAAAUGUUUUCUGAGAGAUUCUUCUGUACUGUCUCUCCCAGAAUGUGUCCCGUUAUGAUAGUUUUGGACAAUUUCUACCGCUAGUGAUGCUGGAAUAACUAUUCUUCCAUCUUCUAACUGAUACCAUUUGUUCUCCAAAUACUUUCCAGGUUCAGUCCUUAACCACUCCUCUUCUUGAGCUGUAUAAAUUGGAGUCCAUUGAGACAGUGGAGUUGGUAUAAGAGCAGCUAUAUGCCCCACAUAUUCCUGUCUUCCUGAUUCAGCAGCACGCUUAGCUGCACUAUCUGCCAUCCGAUUCCCUUUGGUUACAUCACCAUCUCCUCUCAGAUGCGCCCGACAAUGUAUAAUACCGACUUCUUUCGGCUCCCACACUGCUUCCAAUAGUUGUAGGAUCUCAGCUGCGUAUUUGAUUUCUUUGCCUUCUGAAUUCAAUAGUCCUCUUUCUUUAUACAAAGCUCCGUGGGCAUGAGUGGUUAAAAACGCAUACUUGGAGUCCGUGUAGAUGUUCACUCUUAAACCUUCAGCCAAUUGUAACGCUCGUGUCAGUGCUAUCAAUUCUGCCUUUUGUGCUGAUGUUCCUUUUGCCAGUGGCCGAGCUUCUAUCACCUUGUCUAUCGUUGUUACUGCAUAUCCUGCAUAGCGGAUCCCUUCUUUUACAUAACUACUGCCGUCGGUGUAAUAUUGAACAUCAGGGUUCUGGAUGGGAAAAUCACGAAGAUCUGGUCUACUUGAAAAUACUUCAUCCAUUACUUCCAAACAAUCAUGUUGACUUUCAGUAGGUUGUGGCAAAAGGGUAGCUGGAUUUAAGGUAUUUACAGUCUCUAAAUGCACUCUUGGGUUUUCACACAACAUUGCUUGAUACUUGGUCAUACGGCUGUUACUAAACCAAUGAUUUCCUUUGUAAUCCAACAACGUCUGUACUGCAUGUGGAACUCGUACAUAAAGUUCUUGACCCAGAGUGAGUUUAUCGGCUUCAGCUACUAGCAGGGCGGCUGCAGCUACAGCUCUUAGACAAGGUGGAAGUCCGCUGGCCACUGCAUCCAGUUGCUUAGACAUGUAGGCAACAGGUCUUUGCCAUGAUCCCAAGUACUGUGUCAAUACUCCCACAGCCAUUCUUCUUUGCUCAUGUACAUACAGGUAGAAUGGCCGUGUGUGGUCAGGUAGACCUAAUGCUGGGGCACUCAUCAAAGCCCUCUUCACAUCUUCGAAUGCCGUUUGCUGUUCUUGAGUCCAUAAGAAGGGGUCGUGCUCUGUACCUUUGAUAGCUGCAUACAGAGGUUUUGCCAGUAUCGCGUAGCUGGGAAUCCAUAUCCUACAGAAGCCUGCUGCCCCCAAGAAUUCUCGCACUUGUCUUCUAUUCCUGGGUAUCGGUAUUUGGCACACAGCUUCUUUUCUCUCUGGCCCCAUAAUUCUUUGACCUUCAGAGAUAUGGAAUCCCAGAUAUUUGACAGUUGGCAAACACAACUGAGCCUUCCUUCUAGACACCUUGUAUCCUGCCUUCCAGAGAAUGUGUAGUAGAUCGUGCGUUGCUUGCUGACAUACUUCCUUUGUAACUGCUGCUAUCAACAAGUCAUCUACAUAUUGUAAUAAUACACACUCUCCUGGGAUAGACUCGAAAUCUAGUAGAUCUUGACUUAGAGCUGAACCAAAUAGGGUAGGUGAAUUUUUAAACCCCUGGGGCAAUCUUGUCCAGGUCAUUUGGCGUUUCGAGCCCGUUACAGCAUUUUCCCAUUGGAAAGCGAAGAUACAUUGGCUUUCUGCGGCAAUUCGGAGGCAAAAGAAGGCAUCUUUGAGAUCUAAGACUGUAAAGUAAGUAGCCCCGCCCGGAAUUAAAGCAAGCAGGUUAUAUGGAUUGGGCACGACUGGAUGUAUACUAACAACCGCAUCAUUGACUGCUCUCAAGUCCUGCACAGGUCGAUACUCAUCUGUACCGGGCUUUUGAACAGGCAGCAAUGGGGUGUUCCAGGGGGAAGUACAGAAUUUUAGGAUACCAUACCGUAUGAACUUAUCCAGAUAAGAUUGGAUGUUCUUCUUAGCCUUCUGCGGAAUAUGAUAUUGUCUCAGGCUUACUGGAUAAACCCCAAGUUUUAGUUCGAUUUUAAUAGGUGGAAUAUUGCGGGCCAGUCCUGGUGGGUUGUUCUCUGCCCAAACUCCUGGUAUGUUAAAUAAGGAUUCAUCACUCCUCGGGUUUUGGCUAGUCAACACUGUAUAAAGUCGCCACUCUUCUUCCUUUGGUACGGACAAUGUCAUAAUACCUGAAGGUCCAUUAAACUUUAAGGAUGUUGUUCCAUUUGGUAGGAACGUAAUCUGCGCUUGUAAUUUGGAUAGCAUAUCACGUCCCAGCAAUUGGACUGGACACUCAGGCAUAUAAAGGAAUUGAUGUUUUACUACGUGGCCUCCCAAUGUACAGAGUCGACUUUUAAGAACCGGUUUUUCAGCACUUCUUCCAGUUGCUCCUAUUACAGUAAUAGUUCUUCCAGAUGGAGGAGCAACUUGAUUAGUCACCACCGAAUGUUCAGCACCAGUGUCGAUCAUAAACGCACUCCUUUUUCCCCCUAUUGAUACAUCGACCAUAGGCUCCGCUCGACCAAGGGGGAUGGAGCCCGGUCGGUAUCAAUAGUCCUCCAUGACCGUGUCAGCCAAUCCCACAAAGUCCCUACCUUCUCUAUCGCGGGACCUUUGCGCUGCUGGAUAGUACCUAUCUUCCCUUACACUUCCUCUGUUCCCAUUACUCCCUCUAUUACCAUUACUCCCUCCGGGGCCUCCUCUACCUCUCGCUCUGCCUCUAAAGUUUCCGUAACCUGCCCUGGGUAAGUCUCUCUCAUACUGCUCUCUUUGCGGACACUCGUUCCUCCAAUGCCCUUCUUCCUUACAGUACGCGCACUGAUUCCUACUCAAAGGCUCCCUAUUCCAUCUACCAUCGCCUCUAUCUGGGCCCCGUCUAUCUACGCCUGCGAUCGCUACCGCUAGCAUAUCUGCCUUUCUACGCAUCUUGCGCUCUUCCUCUUUCUUACUUUCUGUUUCCCUAUUCAUAUAUACUUUGUUCGCUACCUCCAUUAGUUGGGUGAUAGACAUACCUGCAAACCCUUCUAAUUUCUGUAGCUUGCGCUUAAUAUCUCCGUAAGCUUGGCUGACAAAGGCGGAGUUUACCAUUCGGGAAUUAUCAGCGUCUUCCGGAUUAAAGGGGGUAUACAAGCGGUAUGCCUCCAAUAAUCGGUCAUAAAAGACACUGGGCGCUUCAUCACUUUUCUGAAUCACCUCAACUGUCUUCGACAUGUUAAUAGCUUUCUUCCCUCCGGCUUUCAUGCCAGCAAUUAUAGCGUCUCUAUAGGCUUUAAGUUGAGCCAUAUCUGCGCCAUUUACAUUCCAGUCAGGAUCGGUGUUAGGGUAAUGUGUUGCGGCCCAUGCUGCCGGAUUGGCUUGAUUUAAAGCACGGGCUCUCUCCUCUAGCGCCUUAAUGGCCGCUUGGUUAAUCCUUGUCCUUUCCUCAUUAUUGAACAAUGUCAUUAAUAACUGCUGGCAAUCAGCCCAUGUCGGGUUAUGUGUCUGAACUAUCGAGGUGAACAGAUCGGUCAUAGCUUGUGGUUUCUCAGUGUACGAGGAAUUGUGGGUCUUCCAAUUCAAGAGAUCGGUAGUCGUGAACGGGACAUAUACGAAGACUGGGUCAGCAUGUGCCAUUUGACCUGCGGCAUCGAUAUAGGCUGACCCAGGAUUCAGACGAAGAGGCAUCUGAUAAUGUUUUAAUUGUUGGGUACCGGUCAGUUGUCGGGUUAGUAUGGGGCUACGUGGAGGGGCGUCAGUUAAAGGUUCCGGUCGAGAGGUAAUAGGGCAUGAGGAUGUGGGAACUUGAUUUUGGGAAAAGUUAGUGAAUAGUAUACUCCGAGCCGAGCUAGAAGAAGCUUGACCGGAAGUUUGAAGUGGCGCCAAAUCAGGAUAUUCAGAUCUAAUGGGGGUUGGUCCUGGUUCCGGAAGGGGAGUUUUAAUACGAGGGGGGGUGGAUUCUGUACUGGAGGAGGAAGCGGAAGUGGAUGGGGGCAAUAGGGGAAGGGGUGCAGAGCUUCCUGCAUUCGCGUCACUUCCUCUUAAAGGAAAGUAAGGGGGCGGCAAAGGGAUCUCGGACUCAGGGGGCGUGUCCAAAAUGGGCCUAACACCAGUCCUAGUGGACAAACAAGUCCUGGCCACCAUGAGGCGACAUUGCUCCUCGUGGCAUAUCCGGAUCCAUUUUGGCGAGUCGUUUACGGCCUGCCUCCAACAAUCAAUGUAUGGAAACUGUCCGUAAAGUUCAGGCCUACCUGAUACAGCCACGUGUACACGCUGUACCAGGGUUGGAUCCAAACUGCCACGCGGCGGCCAUGCCGCAACCAAAGUAGGCCACUCCCUAGUGCACAAAGUGACCAAACGUACAGGAGACAUUUUAACCCCAAAAUCACAUGUUUUGAAUCCCUUUUUAAAAUUCUUUACCAUACAACCUAAGGGAUCCGAAAUCGUUGACUCUGACGCGCCCAUACUUAUCAAUGGAACGUCGUUGACAACGAAUACUAUGCACGCGUUCUUAUUCAACAGUCACACCCGUUUCCUCUGGCAACAGCACCACGUGGUACAGUUACCGAGUGAAACGUACACAAUAACACAAUAAUCACUCAGGGAAUUCCCGUACACACACAGCUGUUACACCAGUCACUAAAUAAUCAAUAUUAUGCCCUUUGGCGAAACUAUACAGUCACCCACGCUAUAAUUCUCUAUAUAUGAAUUACCCGUCUAUAACACACCCCAGUAACAUCGUCUUUUACUAGUAUCGGUUACAGUACGGUUAGCAUAGGUCAAAGCACAAUUUAAGGUCACAAUACAAUUAUUAGUGGUUACGGUGUUAAACAUGCAAUAGACGACAAUGAUUAGUACUUAUAUACAGUGUCAGUAAAUAUACAGGGUUAUGGUACCGUGCACUAUGAUACAGCAACACACUAUUAACACUCUCGCUAGACGGCUGAGCUCGCGCUAUCUAACAAGAUAUACACUUUACUAACAAUCUUUAACACAUUUACAAUCCCAACUAAACUAUUGGCCAGUACCUUGAAUGGACUACCUAAAACUAUAUACACCCGUUUUGGUUAGCCACACUGCCCAAACACCACAUAUAGCGAACUAGAGGGCGAAAUUUACAAAAUUGCCCUUCUAGUCUAUUUACUCUAUCAAAAGUCUAGUGGGUUCCAAAUUUACACGCCUUCCCACUUAGCCAAGAUAGGUUGAGAGCUAGCGAACCGAAUUUACACAGGCGCCGCUUAGUCUCCCGGUCCCUCCGACCUAGCGAACGUAAUAUACACCCUAGAACGCUAGUCUAGACAAGACACCGGUGUCCGGCUAGGGCUAUUUACACAGGACCCCGCCUGACUAACCAGAUCAAACGGUCUUACUAAAGAGCGUUCGAUCGAGCGGUGCGCCUUCGCUCCUUCCCUCCGACAGAGGGGGCAGAUUCCAUACACAGAUUUAAACCCCUUUUGGGCCUACCGCACAAUCGGUAUACCCCUAGUGGGUCUGCCGUCUAAAACAGCAGUUGUCUUACCUCCUCGUUCCUGAACCUGAGUUCACACUCAUCGACGGGGACACCCCAGCACUUCUUACGUAGAGGCCGAUGAUCUCCUGGACAACAGACCAGUGGCGCCGAGACGAAGGGAGGUCCACGCAGAAGUUCAGGGGUGCAGCCGUAGAGAACGUGGGCAAAGAUAGACCGUCUCACGCCUCUGCCUCUCAGCUACCGUUGAACGAUGAGUUUCCCGGCCAAUGCACCAAAUGAUACCGGAGAAACUGACGGAAGCAAAGCACAGAGAGAUGGACACAGGUUUCUUCAGGAAGGAAGAGAUUCUUUAUUGGAUCACCGAUCGGGACUCAGAGGGACUAAUGUCACCAAAAAUACAGCAAGUUCUGAGCCCUGAACAAUAGUGCAGGCUUCCUAUAUAGGCACAUAACUCCUCCCAUAUUAAGCUCCACCCGCACAUUCUCUUGACCAAUCAUUACAAAUAAGAAUUAACUUCCUGCUUGACCGCAUGGCUUGUCCAGCACAAUGGAGGAGGGGAAUACUACAUCCUGUAUUCUUGCACAUGCUCCGUACACUACUGAUCGUAUCUUGCCUCGUGCAACCAACUGAUCGAUACGUCAGCAUAUGCACGUACACAUGCCACGUGGUAAUCUCUGCCUACUAAAUUUAUUUUUACCGAGAUUCCACCACAAUAACAUUAUUAAAGUAGAAUACCCUGUGUGUGUGUUAGAAGAUCAAACUAUCUUGUGCUCCUAUUUAUGCCUUUCCAACCUGAGAACUCACCCACUUGCUUAAAAGCUAUGUAUAAAUCUGGAGUAAGCAACCAUAGGGGCAGGAGGGGGAGCUUUGGAGACAGGAUGUUGGAAAUCAGAGUAAUGUGUAUGUCAAGUACUUAAUUAGUCUGAUCGCUAACAGAAUUAAAGUGAUACUAUAGUCACCAGAACAACUACAGCUUAUUGGAUUUUUUCUGGUGAGUAGAAUCAUUACCUUCAGGCUUUUUGCUCUAAACACUGUCUUUUCAGAGAAAAUGCAGUGUUUACAUUACAGCCUAGUGAUAACUUCACUGGCCACUCCUCAGAUGGCUGUUAGAGAUCCUUCCUGGGUCAUGGCUGCCUAAAAUGCAUCCAAACAUUCAGUGUCUCCUAUCUCUGCAUGCAGACACUGAAUUUUCCUCAGAGAUUCAUUGAUUCAGUUCAUCUCUAUGAGGAGAUGCUGAUUGGCCAGUGCUGUGAUUUAAUUGUGCUGGCUUUGCCCCUGAUCUGCCUCCUUGUCAGUCUCAACCAAUCCUAUGGAGAAGCAUUGUGAUUUUAUCAGGCCACCACUUCUGAUGAUGUCAGCAGACAGCUGGUUUUUCUGAGUCUAACAGCAUGCAGAGUUACAGCUUCAGGCUUGAAUACAAGUAAGAAUUUUACUAUUUUAGGGAGACAUGAGGGGACAGGGUGACUAGAUGGUGGUUUUAACCCCAUAGGGUCAGGAAUACAUGUUUGUGUUCCUGACCCUAUAGUGCUCCUUUAAGAGAAGUAUUCCAGGCUUAGCCUCUGUUACCAUAAAAACAGAAAAGAAUAUCAAUAUCAAGCCAUAUAAAAUCUUGUGGUUGCUAAGGGUGGAAAGUGGAGCCCUUUAGAUGGACAAGUGCUACCUCAUAGCUGGGUACAGUCCCUCGGGUAGAUGCCCUGACUGAUAGGGUUUGCUGGAAUGCUGAAGGGGUGAACUCUCUGAUGGUGCAACGGUUCGGCUGCACUAGGCUUGUUUCAGCCACUGUCAGUGGUUCCAGAAGCCUUAGGGUGCAUAACUGUGAUACCAGCUCUUGGGAACUUUGUGCUCUGUAGGUAGUGUGUGAAGAGCAGGAAUCUAGGGAUCCCCCAUCUAUAUGGUUUAGUUCUGGUUCACAAGUGUUGCAGAUGUGAUUGCAUGGCCCUUUGCCAUGAUAGUGCUUCUAGUGAGGUCUGGGAAUAUCAAUAAUGAUGAGCCUUCAAAGGGUAACGGUAUCUUCGCUCGGAGAGCAGCAAGGAGCAGGGUUUUGUCCUGGAGAGCUUGAUGAGAUCCACCGUCGACGAUUCUGGUGCAUUCGCCGGCCUUGGCAAUUGAAACCUGCCAUCCAGCCUAACUGAUUUUGCAUGUUUAGGCGGCAACAAAACAACAAACAGGUGCCUGAAGUGAGGAAAGUCCCACAGACUCAGGAACGCCCAGGAUUUUAAGGUUGUACCGUCGUCUUUGAUCUUCCAUGAUGUCUUAUUUAUCUAGGAUGACAUGUUGCUGGCAUUGUAGAUCUUCAACCUGUUUUUCCACCUCCUGUGAGUCUGGUGUCAUGAGUGCUCAUGAAGGUCUCUAGCUGUGUAAUCUUCAAGGCAGUGCUCUCAGCGCAGUUUUGCCAACAUAUUUUUGAGCAAUUCCGCCGUAACCGGAUCCCCGGUUUUCGGAUUGUCAGGCUUUAGGUCAAACGCGGCUCCAUCCCCUGGAUUAAUAGUAAAUUCCUCGAAGGAGUAGGAUGAGAAGUCCUCUGCCAGCGCCAUCUUGCUACAUGCAGCCUGUUGGGAGGUUCGCAGCAGCUCUCCAAUAUCUCUGUAGGGCCUUUGUCGGCUUGGGAUUUCUUUGUUUGUGGCCCAUUAUCUCCACCUGUGCGAAUUACAUGGUGCGAGGUUUAUUAUAAGCCCAGAUUCCACACUUAAAACUUUUUUUAAAUUUUUUAUUUAUUUAUUUUAUUUUUUCUACUGUGUGCUCAGAGCUCCGGAAAGUGCAUCUGCUCUGUUCGCCUGUUAGUACUGCCCCCCGUCUUUUACAUUAUUAAAUCUAGUACUAUUUAAAAUUACUAUUUUGUAUAUGUAAUUCCUGUGUGGAACUUCCAGCCUUACAUUAUGAACUGCUUAUUUCUUCAUCUAAUUUUUCUUUCACUAAUAACCAUUGCUAUAGACUGUGUGGAUCUUUAAAAAAAUAAGCUUUUAUCAUGUUGCGUGAUUUUAAGACCCACUGGAAAAGACUAUAUAUUUUAUAUCAUUGCUUCUCGGCAACAGAGUUUGAGUAGCAAAGCCAUUGAUCGAUCAGCAAAUAUUUUUAUAAUUUCAUAUCCUGAGUCCUUGAAGGAUUUUUCUCAGACAGCAAUCAUAAUUGCGGAUCUAAAUUUAUAGGAGUGUAGGCAGACCAUGACAUUCCUAGGGGCAUAAGCUGGAGCAAUAUUGGAUUUGAAUGUCCUGUGAAACCACUCUAUAAAGUUGUUUAUUAUCUGUUUGUAGUCCUAGAAACCGAAAAAAAUCUUCUAUUUCGCCAUAUUUGUGUGGUUUACACGCUUAUGUAUUCAGCUAAAUGUUACAUUGUUUCAGCGUACCCUAGCUUUACUAUCUAAAAAUUUUUGUUUCCAAAUGUUACGUUCAUUGUUCAAGAUUGUAUUUUUGUCUUGCUGUAACUUAUACUGCAAUACUGAGCUUGUUCUUAAAAGCUGUCUGUAAUUUAUGACUUUUGUUUAAAAAAAAAAAAAAGUUUUAAUUGUGGAUCAAAGAUGCACUUAAAGGAACACUGUAGGAUCACGAACACAAACAUGCAUUCCUGACCCUAUAGAUUUAAAACCACCAGCUAACCCACCUGACCCCUCCUUACCUUUUUUAAAACUAACAAAAUCUUAUCUUUAUUUCCAUAUGCUGCUGCUGGCUCUGUCCCUGAUCUGCCUGCUUGGUUGACAUCGUCAGAAGUGGGAAUCCGAGACACUCGCAAUGAUUUCACAUGGGAAAGCAUUGGAUUGGCUGAGACUAUCAAGGAGACAAAUUAGGGGCAGAGCCAGCACAAACCAGACAUAGCCCUGGUCAAUCAGCAUCUUUUUAUAGAAAUGCAUUAAAUCAAUCAGAACAAAUGCAAUAAGCUGUAGUUGCUUUGGUUACUAUAUUGUAGUUUUAAAUGUCCCAUAUGAAUAAUUUGUGGAUCUCUUAUAGAGGUGCCUGAAUCCUCUUUACUUGGCUCAUUUCCAUUUUCUGUUUUUGUAUACAGCUCUCAUUGUCAUAUUGACUCGUCAACUUAUGCUGACUUGUCCAUUUGUGGCAAAAAAAUUGUAAAGGCUCCUUUGAACUUUAUUUUUCUCUCCCUCCUUUCUAACUCCUUCUCUGUGCCCCUUUUUCCCCAGACACUUCAGUAUAUCUUCCUUUCCCUCCUAGCUUCUUCCUUUACCAGCUUCUCCCAAAGUUUGUAAAGGGGAUCAGUUUCAAGGAACUUGGGGUGAAGGGAGGCUGACAGAGUGUGUAUCUUUUAAAACAGCAACAGAUUUUGAUGCGGUUCAAUAAAUGUACAUUUUCAAUAAAUUUUAAGAGCGUAAAAUUAAGUGGUGCUUAAACAUCUUACUCAAUAUUGAAAAACCAAAAAUAAGGAUGCGCCAAAGGACAAUAUGUAUAACAGAGCCAGAUAGUAUCAACGAUAAAAUGGAAAAUCACAAUAAAACCGGAUAAUGUUCCUUGAUAGGAAGGUAAAAAAAAAUCAGUUAAAAGAAGUCCAAGUAGGGGGCAGAGCUAGCAGCCAUACUGAGAGGACGCACAUGCACUGAGCUCCAUGCAAAUAAGUCCCAAAUAACGCAACAAAAAAUCCAAGCCGGGUAGACCCCAGGCUUCCGCAGAUAUCGGUGAUCUCCUGCGGAGGCCCCAAACCGCGCAGAGGCCUACAAUGGCGCUGCAGAUGGAAGACCGGUACAACUCGUCUAGCGAGGCAUCUGGGUCGGAGGAGGAUGACUAUGGCGCCCGGGCGUUGGCCAAAUUGACCCACUUACCUGCAAAGCCACGGGUUACGGAGGAGACUCUGAGAGACGUGCUUAGUGAGCUGCGCCACAAUAUUGCAGCUGACAUCAGCACGUUCCGCGAGGAAAUAAGUGGAGUGUUGGCCCGACUACAAAAUACAGAGCUAAACAUGGCCGCACAUGAGACCAGACUAGCGACAGUGGAACAGCAACUGCUAACCCUGCAAAAGGCCCACCAGCAACAGCAAGAUCAGCUAGCAGUGCUAGAAGACAAACGGCUGUGACCACAGAACUACUGCACCUAUUCCGCAGGCUGUUUAGCACUCUCUUCACAGCUAAGCAGGCCAAAUCUAUGCCACUGGAUAGCUGGCAUCGGAUCUCCAGACCAACAACAAGCACCCCAGAGGGUGGAAAAGACGUGAUCAUCCGCUUCCAGCAAGGCAGAGAUCGCCUCUCCCUCAUGGCAGCCACGCACAACAAAUCCCCCCUCCACUUUGAGGGCUAUUCCCUGACCUUCUACCCUGAUCUCUCCAAAGCCACCAUGGACUGGAGACUGUCCCUGCGCCCCCUAACCAAAGAGCUCUUAUCUCACAACAUACCAUACCGUUGGGGCAUGCCCAAAAGCCUGAUAAUACCCCGGGACACUGGUGCCAUCAAGGUACAAGAAGAAGCAGAGAUCCCAGCCACGCUGCAGAAACUUAAAUUGGAUAAACAACUACCAGAGCAAGCCGAACCAAUGACACCAACAACCUCUGUAGCCUGGAAUCCAGCGACGGUGCGCCCAUUCAUACGGCGGCAUAACGGAAAGCAGCAGCAUCCACUUCGGUGCCCUGAACUGUGUGCGCAUGAUACCGUCUGUCAAGUUGGCUCUCAUGUUUAUUUACUUUAAAAGCUUACCGUUAUAAUUCUCUUUGUACUGCUCAUCACAUGUGAUGAUAGUAUUGAACCUCUCACUAUCUCCCUCUACACACUACUCCAGUUAACAACCGCCCCCCCCCUUUUUUUUUUUUCUCACUGUAGAACUACGAACACUGUCACCUUAAGGGUAAAGUAAGGGGGAUCCGGCCUCUCUAACAUGUACCCAGUACACCAGUCUUGAUAUAGCUCUCUGGUAUUUGAGGCAUCUGAAGCCCUGCACACACACGUAGAUAUUUUAUAUCCCCACGGCAGGAGUUGUAUAUUCAUUAGCUACCGGUUUCACUUGUUGCUUAUAAUAGUCAUGUACUAUAUUAAAUAUGUGCUACACUACCAAUGCCACUAAUUGUUAAACUAUGUUGAAUGACCGACUUGCACAUGCUGUUGUGGCAAUGCAAACUCUUCUGUAUUGAUUAUGCACUGCCAAAAUAAAGAUUUAUAAUAAAAAAAAAAAAAAAUCCAAGUAAAAAUGGUGAUAUACCUUUUUUAUAAAAUAACAGUACAUAAAAGAAAGUCUUAACUGUAGGUGUAGCAGCACAUCUAAUUUUAAGGGUCUAGAAACAUGGUGUUUUCACUGCAGCAGGGUGAGGGCCAAGGAACCUCAAAGGAAAUAAUAGAGAAAAUAGUGUUCUCUGUAUGGGCUGAGCCACAAUAAAUAAUAUAACCAGUAUUACUCACACUUCUGAGAGCAGACACAUCGCUCUAUGAAUCAAUCGUAGGUGAUACAACCCCCACCAAGAAUUUUAUAGUUUGGUCCACAGCAAAGUACUUGUACACAGCAGCAAUAUCCAGUAGUGAUGAUCAGCAGAUGGACUUUGCAACAAGGUAACCAAAAAACAAAAAAGCAAAACAAUAGUGCUCUCUAUAUAAAAUAGGCUACAAAAAUAAAAUAGGAGGAAUAUUACUCACACUUAAUAGAGAAAAUACACCGCUCUAUGGACCAAGUGUAGGCGGUAUAAUCCCUACCAAGGAUUCUUUAAUUCGGUCCUUGCUUGAAAGGUGAAAUGAUGCCAGGUAUACAUAAUAAAAUGAUAAUAUAUGAAGUGAAUUAAAAAUAAAUAAAAAGGUAUAUGGCACACUAAGGGUUUAAAAGAGUAGCCGAUAUUCCUUUUAUUUAAAAUAACAAUACUAUUUUUUUUUUUAUUACAAAGGUGUUUGUUUUAUACAGGUCUACAUUUGUUUUUCUAAUGUGUUUUAUACAUCAGAACAGUUUGCCCAGAUUUAUUUAGAGGACAGGAGCCAUGGAAUCCAAACAGUGACUGGUCUGUCUUCCCUGAAUGGUUAAAAUCUCGACCAGCAACUAAAGUUGACAAGUAAGACAUAAGUAUUGGAUUUAUAGUUUUAUGGUUUUAGGAAAUGUCAUUUGAAUUGUGCAAGCAUGAAAAAUUAAAUGUAAAUCAAAAAAAAAAUACAUGCAAUUUUAAAUCUCAACAACUGAUGAUUUAAUUAAAAAAAAAAAAAAAAAAAUCCCAAAAGGCUAAUUUAUUUAUUUUGAAUGUAGGAUGCAUUUUACCACACAAAAUCCUGUUUUAUGUAUAUGUUCCUAAGAGGUACAUAAAAAAUUGUGGUUUAUUCACUAAACCAUAAUUUAUUUAACUGUAAAUCUUAGUUGAUUGAAAAACAAAUUGUAAAAUGACAAGCUAAAAUUAAAAUAUCUCUAAUUGAAGUCACAGCUUGGCUGCUUUAGCCUGAAUUUUUGCAAUUUCAUUUUCAGUUCACUAUAACUUACUGUUCAGUGAAUAAACCCUACAAUUAAUCAUGAUGUAUUGCAACAUAACCAAGCUAUAAGUAUAACGCAAUUGGGUGGAAGUGGAGAGACCGGUUCCUUAAAAAUGAAAAUGGAUCGUGUGUAUUACAAGGAGCUUAAAAAAAUGUGUACUUAUUGUGUGAUUGUUAUUCCUUUAAAAACUCCAUGUCCAAAAUGUGUGUGAUGUUUGGUGUAGCACCUAUUUAAAUUUAUUUGUAAAAAUAUAUUAUUCAGACUUCUGAAUUAUAUAAUAUAUUUUUACAGAGAGACAGACUGCGUCUAGUAGUUGGUCAAAAACAUGUUACAUAUAUAUAUAAAAAAUCAAACCUAUAAAUAAAUUGAAAAAUUCAAAUAAAUUGUGUCUUAUAUUUUUAGUGGUCCAAAAGGUUCCGUAUGGUAUAACGUCCUACGAAAUUAUUGAUUUCUGUAGUAGCCAGGUCUCCUUAAUGGGUCAGCAUAUAGGAUAUGAAACAAGAACAAACACAGAAAAAGCCUCGAAUAGUGUAGUAAUUUGAACAAGUGCUGUAUUAGCGUAAAAAUACACUCACAAGUGAGCAGCUGACAAACUUGCUCAAGAACAACCGUGUGUGACAAUAUAUUUUUACUUCAAAAGUUCUCACAUGAUAAAGCCUUUAUUGGCAAAAUGCUCUUUAAUAGUGAUUACACAGAUUUGCUAGUAGAUGUAUAGAUUGGUAGAAAAAUAAAUAAAUAGGUGUUUCUCCCAAUUGUCAGUCAAUUCUUCGGCCUUGACUCUAUGCCGAAGAAUUGACUGAAAAGGAAGAGCCGAAAAGAUCUCCCAUAGGUAAUUCUUCUGCUCUCCACACAUAGUAGCCACAUUGCAUGCAAUGUGGUUGGUAUGGUAAUUUCCUAGCUGAUGCUGCUAGCAAUGGCAAGGGAGCAUAGUUACGGCAAUAGAAUAAAUGAAAAGACUGCGGGUGGAGUGAAGGAUGGACCAGUGAUGGGUGUUACAGAAGAGUAGAACCCACAAAGUUGAGGAAUGGGUGGCACUGGAUAGGAGGUAAGGUGAUUAUAUCUUAAAGCGUUACAUUGAAUACAUCAUGUAUUCUAUCUAUUUAAAGGGACACUACAUUCACCUGAACAACUUUAGCUUAAUGAAGCAGUUUUGGUGUAUAGAACAUGCCCCUGCAGCCUCACUGCUCAAUCCUCUGCUAUUUAGGAGUUAAAUCCCUUUUUUUAAGAACCCUUUAAUAUAGGAUAAAUCAAGGGAUGACGUGCAUAAACUUAAAAUAGGAAUGGCAGGUUCACUUUAAAGGGAAGCUCUAAGCACCAAAACAUCUUUGGCCUAAUUAAGUGGUAUUGGUGUAUAGAUCAUGCCAGUUUCAUAGCUCAAUUCUCUGUCAUGUAUGAGUUAAGUCAAUUUAGUUUAUGCAUCUUUAGCCACACCUCCCCAGGCAUAGACUUACACAGCAUCUCUACACACUUCCAGAAAAAUAAUUUCUUAUGUUCUGCUCUGUUAAUUGCCUGCAACAACUCUGUGUGUGAGAUUUAAAUUUAAUUAACAGAAGAUAAGAACUUCUAAAGUGAACACCCUGUGCUGUAAGAUCUGAUUGAAAUGAAACACUUUUUUUUGCCCAAGGAGGCUGUGUGAGUUACAACCACAGGAGUUGUGGCUAGAGCUGCAUAAACAAAUUAAUUUAACACCUAAAUGGGAGAAUUCAGUGGGAACUUCAUGGGCCUAAUCUAUACACACACACAAAAAAAAUUCUUAAAUGACCACUCUAGGCACCCAGACAAGUUCAGCUCAAUGAAGUGGUCUGCAUGCCAGGUCCCUCUAGUUUUAACCCGAGAGCUGAAAACAUUGCAGUUUCAGAGAAACUGUUUACACUGAGGGUUAAUCCAGCCUCCAGUGGCUGUCUCUCUGACAGCCAUUAGAGGCCGCUUUCGCGAUUCUCACUGUGAAAAUCACAGUGAGAAGAUGCUGGACGUCCAUAGGAAAGCAUUGAGUAAUGAACACGCGCACGGCAAGAGGAGGAGAUGCGCAUUCGGCGGAGACAACGGCAGGAGGAGGAGAGGUCACCAGCACUGGGGAAGCCUGGCACUGGAUUAAGGUAAGUGGCUGAAGGGGUUUUAACCCCUUCAGCCCAACGGAAGGGGGGCCAUGAGGGUGGGGGGGGGACGUAAUGACCCGAUAGUGCCAGGAAAAUGAGUUUGUUUUUCUGGCACUAUAGUGGUCCUUUAAAUUGAGGUUGUUUUGGUGCUUAGAGUAUCCUUUUAACAAUGUAUUUACUAUUUUUUUUUAAUUUAAUGUAUAGUCAUGUUAAAGUUAUUUUUUCUUUGCUGCUAUAGCGGGUAAAUGAAAAAGCAAACUCUCUAAUAUGCUCAUCCAUGUAUUGUAAUCAAAUCCAUGUAUUUGUCAACAAUUUUUACAACCAGCUCAACAAAUGCCACCUUCUCCAAUACCUGAUUGGAAAAAAAAGUAAUGCUAAUUAUAAAAAAGUGAAAAAUAAAAUUAGUACAAUACUGGAUUUCUUUUUAUAAAAAACAAACUUGGCAUUUACACAUAAGUGUUAACAUAUGAUGGAAAGUCACCUUCAAAAUGUAAAUUUAAAUAUGUUUGGUUGAGAAAUUAAGAAAUAGAAUGAAAAACAUGUCAAGAGUUCAAUAUUGUUAAAUAUUCUGUUAGAUCACCAUGACUUUUUUAAUGUAUUUAAGGACUUACAAUAAUAUGUGUAUAUUAACGUUUGCAUGUAUUAUAUAUAUAUAUAUUUUUUUUUUUAUUCUUUUUAACAGAGAGGUGGAUGUUGUUCUCAAGUAUUUAAGGGAACAGUGUCAUGUUAAAAAGAUUGGAGUUAUUGGCUUUUGCUGGGGUGGAGUCGUGACUCAUCAUUUAAUGUUAACAUAUCCAGAUAUAAAAGCUGGAGUGUCAUUUUAUGGUAAGUGUAUUCUUCAGUUCUGUCCCCAUCAAAUGUGCUAUGAUUAAUCAAUAACCUAUAAAGUAUGCAUUUUUAAAGAUGCUGUGUUGCCUGAAUAUUUAAAUGAACCCCUCUCAAAUUAAGUAAAGCAUGUUAUUACUUAUUUACUACUUUUUACUUAACCUUUCUUGGUUAACUAUUUCAUAUUUUACCUCUUUAUAGGACCACUACACACCCAUAAAAUACUGCAUUUGCUGAGUUGCAUUUUGGCUGAGGAGUAUCCUAUUUUAACCCCAAUUUAUAAAGGUGCCAUUUGACAUGAGAAAUUGUCACUUUUAUAAAUAAAUUAUAGAACAUCCUCCUUACAAAUAGCCAGGAAGGUUUGCUGCCUCCUUCUGUUAGCUUCCCUGAGCAAACAGAAGAGGCAGGCAAGCAUUCCCCUCAGAUCAGUGUCUUUAGCUCAUCCAGCUCCUCCAGGCUUCAGGUCAGGUGCCCACAAAAGAAGGUGUGUGCAGAUUUAUAAACUUGCUCCCGUGCAUUAUGAUUGAUUAUGAUUGUCUUUUCACGGGCAAAUAAUCAAAGUAUAUUCUGGGAAAAGGGGGGCAUCUAGCAAAGUUAUAAGAAACAUCUUUUGCAAGGUCUAUUAAGAUAUACCCAUAAUGAAUACAUCCAUGAAAAAAAUGCAUGUAUUCAUUGGAGGUAUGUGGCAGCCCCCCCGAUGAGAAGAGGAGUUUCGCUGCCAGAGAUGUUCUUUUCCCCCUAAUGGGAGGGAUGCUGUAGCGCAGAGCAGGAACAGCUCUUAAAAGAGCUAGUGAUUAAGCACUCCAAGCAGAAGAGAGAGAGAGCUGUUAUAGCUUUCUCCCACAAACAUGAGACGAGGCUCUAUGCUGUGAGAUGACGGAGUUUCAUGGAGCCACACACCACAGCCUUUUAUGUCAAUCCUCAUGCAAAGGGCACUCCCCUCUGGACCUGAGAGUAGACUACAACAAAGACAAUCAUACAAUGUCAUUGGCUCUCAGGUCCAGAACACUCCCAUAAACAAUGUAAUUCCUCCUCUGUGCUUGGAGAUAAUUGGAUUAUGUGAAUACAAUACCUGAUUCAAUUAUCUCCAAGCACAGAAAAAUAUACUUUUACACAAAAAAAGAAAGUACCCCCAAAAUUCAUGGAAACCCCACUAAAGUUAUAUCCCCUAAUAACCACGAUCUGUGGGACCAACAUAUUCAAAGAUCACCCAGAUCGGUUCAGGGGUUCGGGAUUUCCAUGGAAGUCACAUUUUCACCAACCGCACAAGAGGCUCCAGCCUAAAGCAUUCCAUGAAAUCAGGAAGGAAACCAAGUAUAUUUAAACCUCAUUCGGUAGUUUCCUCCCGAACCGCCAGAGCCUUAGUGAUUAUAGCCCUCCGUUCAGUAGAUAGGGUAGACGAAUCCUAUAGCAAUUCCAAUAGCUUCACAAGAUAAUUCCCUUAGUGAAACACACGAAUCCCCAAACAUCAGCCGAAGUCAAGAAGAAGGGUACAAAAUGAACUAGCCUUUAAUGGGUGCACACAGCUUUUAUGCAAGUUCCCAUGCAAGGGGACAGCCCUCAGGGAGGGACAAACAUUAACCAAUCACAUACAGUAAAACUUUAACACACACCUACAAUUCCCUCCCCUAGCCCAGGAGAUAAUUCAGUCUGAUAAUAGUAACUUAAUUAUCUCCGGGCUGAAAAAUCACCUUUUUACCCAAUAUUUAGAACACCCCUUUAUACUGGAGGUAUCCCCAUAAAUUAUAUGUCCCCUGAUAGCCCUGAUCUGGGUGACCAACAUAUCCGAAUUUCACCCAGAUCAGUUCAGGGGUUCGCAAAAUUUAUGGAAGUCUCUUGUGACCGGCUCACCCUGGGCUGUAUGCCCAAAACAGUUCCACGAAUUUGGUGGGUUUUACCAGUCACUUUCGAAAAAAGCAUAAAAAUGAAUAAAAUACCGAAUGGAUCCCUCUGGCUCUUAGCAGCGUUCGUGCCCCUCUGUAAAAUACACCAAAGUACCGAAUAGCGCUCUUCUAGCUAUUCGGUAAAUAGAGUUCCAGCGUUCGUCUGUUUGGGACCGGUGUUCGGGAAGUCGAGUGUCCAUGCACUUUUAGUUCCAUGCACUCGACGACCAGGUCCCGCUGCCUUUGUUCGCAUGAACAAAGAUGGCCGCGGUUUUCUCUGCCACGUGGCGUUUGACUGACGAACGCUGGCCGCACAUACAGAGGUAGCAAUUUCACCCAAACUUUGAUGUUUAAUGAGCCAGAGGGGUGGUCUUUGUUCAGAAUUAAAUCUACCGAAUGCAAUAGGCAGAAAUGGAGAUAAAAAGGGGAAUGCAAUGGGUAAAUAACAUAGGAAACAGGGGGUUUCUUCACAGAAAGCAAUAUCCCGAAUUCAUAGUGGAAUGAAAUAAAGGGGUUUUCAUUCCAGAGACGGGGUGAGCCGUCACAAAACUGAUUUUUACUUUUUUGCCCAUUUGAUCAGCAGAGUAGCUUUAAGGGUAGCCGGUGCAAAUUUUUGGGAUGGUUUGGCAAUUUACUUUAAAUUUAGGAGGUAGAGCCAAAUGUUAGGAACCAUGCAAACUUUUAACUUAUUUUUUUUUUUUUUAAAUUGAUUAGCCAUAUACCUAUCUAAUCACAAUCAUAUAACAUUAGUAAGUACAGCUGCACACUCUCACUCAUACAUAACUAUGAAAUCAUAAUGUGGUUUAAUGGUGACAUUGAAUUAACAUAUAUCGUUUUUAUAUUGUUUAAAAACAAAUGUUUCCAUCAAGUAAAAUAAAUAUAUGUUGAACUGUUUUUACUAUAGGUAUAAUGCGUGAUGCAGAAGAUCACUAUAAUUUGCAAAACCCAACGUUAUUUAUUUUUGGAGAAAUUGAUUCCGUCAUUCCCCUUGAUCAGGUAGCAAAUAUUAGUUUUUAUUUUCAUGGUCUUUAAUAAAUGUUGUUUGCAUUUUUGUACAAUUAUUUUUUAUUAUUUUGCUAUUUAGCCUAUCUUGUGCUAGACAAGAUUUGACUGAGCCUGGACAGCGAGUCGUGCCAUGUAAUUUAAAAAUAAGGAAUUAUUGAAAAUGUUAGGGAAAAAAAAACAGUAACAGUUUACUUCUCACCUAUGGACCAUCAGGAGCUGCUACCCACCUCGUCUCCUGCUAGGAGCGGUCAUAAGCUAUCCUUAGCUAAGUACCGCUCACUGCAGGAGCUAAGCCUUGCUGUAACCAAUGACGCAGGCCAUGCACCGCAGGGCUAAUUGCAGGCAUAGAGAUUCCAGUUGCAGGCUGCGUAGAAGGCAGAAAGCAGCAUCCCAUCCCACUUAUUUUUUUUAAACAAAUAUAUAAACCAAAAUAAAACAAACCUUAAUAACUACUUUUUAUUGUAAAUGUGUUCAAAUUUAAUUCUUGAACAUGCCUCCAAGGAAAUCUCCAUUUCAGACCAGUGCACAGGGCUUAAUUGUGUAACCGCAGCAGAGAAAAACCCAGCACUGGAGUCUGCUCUGCAUGAAUCGCACCAAUUGGACUCCCUUGCUUCUACCCCUGUCAGAAGCUUCCAACUGCACAUGUAGUUGUUAGGCAUGCCCAAUCCACCUUUUCAACAUUCCUAGGUAUAGGACACUGAUUGGUUAGAUCAAUAAUUGUGGAAAGCAUAAGAAAGAAGAAAAGAAGUAUGGAACAAAAAAAAUCAUAUUUAUUUGCAUUUUUCAGCCUGCAAAUGAGAUGGUUGUCUCAAAGUGAUGCAUGUCCCUUUAAACCUUUACUAUAUGGCUCAUUUUUUUCUUUAUCAUAGACAGGCAGCAUAUUCUCUAGAUUCAUUCAAUAACCUACAGGGUUAUUUACUAAAGUGAUAAUUUAAAGUGUAUUUCAAAUUUAAGAUCAAAAUAGCUAAACUGGAAAAAAUCUCUAAGCAAGCUAUGCUUCUAGUUCAGCUAUUUUGGCCUAAAAUUUGAAAUUCACUUUGAACUCUCACUUUAGUGAAUAUCCUUCUUACUGUUGCAAAGCUUUGCCCAUGUCAGAAGAGCAAUAAUUAUUUGAUUUAUUUAAUAAUUUAAUUGAGUCCCUUUUAAGGCAUUUACAGCUUUUUCCUAAUAUAUGUCGUGUUACAAGUGUAUGCUUACCAUUGUUUGUGUCUCAUUUGAUGCCUGUGAAAGCAAGAGCAUAAUAACACCGUUCUACAUAUUAAGGGCUAUGUAAUUGGUACGCAAACCAUUCAUUGAUGUUUUAACAGCAUAAAAUACACAAUUCAUUAAAUGGACACUAUAGUCACCCUGAUCACUUUUUCUUAAUGAAGUGGCCUUGGUGCAGUUACCUUCUCCUUUUAACCCUGCAGUGUAAAACAUUGCAGUUUUUUAGAAACUUAGAAAUGUUUACAGUGCAGGGUUAAGUCCACUUCUGGUCCACCUCUGGUGGUUGUCAAUAUGACAACUACUAGAGGAGCUUCUGCUGCAUUGACCAAGUAAAACACCUAUGAAUCAUGGCACAGACCGACUCGAUUUCUGUAGCCUCUGGCUGGUCUGUGUGCCUGGAAUUUUCACAAACAUUAGUCCUGGAAACUGGAUACUCUAUUCUUCAACAGUCUCAUAGAACAUACGCAUGGAGACAGGGAUGAAUGAAACAGUUCAUGUGAUCAAGGACUUUUGUGUGUUGUCACAUUGUUUUGUUUUUUCUUUCUUUAUACCAUUAACCACCUUGACGUAACAGUUUCCUGCUCCUGAUGCAUUUUGUUCCGACUCUCACCACUCUUAGCUGCAAUAUUUUUUUCUCCUUACAGCAACAGUUGAGCAUAGUGUCCAGUGCUUCUUCUUCUGCUUAAAAUAUCCUUGCUUGAAAGUUCUUGAAUGAAAACACAGGCAAUGACGAACACAAACAUAAAUAAUAACUGUGCCAAUCAUCACAAGUACCAUUUGAUUGUGGUGUCUUAACCAUAUUUUUUCCUAUGGCGUUUGAAUAAAUACCUACACACCUCUCUUCACAUCCAGCACACUCCUGAUUCACAGAUAAACACAAUAUCACUGCUGUAUCUACCAAUUAUUAUUAUAAUUACUGCUGCAUUUACCAAUUUAAUCUAAACACUCUUUAUCACUGCUGUAUUUAACCAAUUUAAUCUAAACAUUAACCAAAACAAUUACAUUCCUAUUUACCACCCUUCUAUUUAAACAUGUAUAGAUAACCCAAAAUGCCUACUUUCUCUUAUCCCUCUUAUCAUUCUUCCGUUUUUUUUUUUUUUUUUUUAACUGCAACCACUCAUGCACUUUACACAGACACAAAUCAAGCACCUACUGGACAAUGGGGUUCCCUCGUUAGAGCCCUCCCACCCCAGUUUGGUUUACACAAAAAUACCCCCUGGUCCCUAUGGGUCAAUUCCCCCCUUUCCCAGGCAAGCAUACAUACAUACAACAUAAUACAUAAGGGUUUCAAUUGCAAUACAAUCACUAGAAAUAAGAGAAUAGUAUGCACAAAAUCAUAGCAUAGACAUGUUAAAUAGACAAUAAAAUAAAACAUUCAAUAGCUCAUCAAAGGUCAACAUUUAAACACUGGUCUCCAUCUGAUAUUCUAUCUGUGUUCCAAUGUCCACCUCCUGGUUUCUGCUACAUCUGAAAAGGUUAGGAAACAGAUCAGGAUUACUUUCCUAGUCACUUAUAGCGUAUACUGCAAAUAUUCCCCAUGCGGAAAGCCACUGCCAUCACAGGGUGGUUAGUUGUGCAGGCCCUUAGCCGCGAGGUGCAAGCAUGUCCGUGGAAAGGCUAGAAAUUAAUAGGGAGUCACUCAUAGCUGUCAGAAGUCAUGAACUUUGAGACAUAUUGACCUAUAUCCUUUCAGAGCCGGAAGAGGUGUUGUGGUUCACUCCUCUAUAAUUUAACCAAAGGGUGGAGAGUUAUUAAACAUGUUUAGGUUGGCUAGAAAUGUGUUUCCUGAAUUGCAGAGAAGAUGCAGAAAGCAGCUAUUAGCUUAUUGUUUUUUAAGAGCCUUAAAAAAAAACCAAAAAAAAUUAAGAAAGUUAUCUUGUUGAAAAAAAUUGUUUCUAAAAUGAAAAGCUGAAGGAAUGUGUUUACAUGUCUGUGUGUGUCUGUGUGUGUGUGUGUGUGUGUGUGUGUGUGUGUGUGUAUAUACACACACACUCCCCCUAGUGGUGCCCCCAAAGCAUUACACUAAAUAUGCUUUCUUUAUGAUGUAAAGUCGUUAAUUAAUAAAUACCAUUACAUAUAGUGUUCCGUUAGAUAACAGUAGCACCAUCUGUUCUAUAUUAUUAUAGUUAUUAACUAUGUGUUAACUAUGUUAUUCUAUAUAUGUUAAAAUAGAAACUUCUAUUUUGCAAUAGUUGUUAGUAGUUAGUAAGUCUGUCUCUAAUGCAUAGAAUUGAAUGCCACUUUUAAAUGUUUAACUAUGUAGCUUACAUUUACAAAAUGUGACACAUUGAUAGCUAUGUCUUAGAUCAUGGGUCGCCAACCUGGUCCCUACCACCCACUAGUGGGCGUUUCAGGAUCCAGGUGGGCGGUAGGGACUUCCUCAUUUUGAGAGAUUGCAAGUGCGAGCCAGCGGUACCGCCAUCACCAUUUGCGGCCCCGGCCGCCGUCCAAGCUGUCGGAGCCACCUGAUGGAUGUGGAUUGUAAGGGGGCCCGGUCACCGCUGGGUGCUUUAACAGUGCGACCGGUCCCCCUGUGAUUACAUCACAGAGUUCGGAGGAAGUGACUGCACAUCACUCCUCCCAGCUAACAAACAGACCGCGCGGGAGAAAGACUAGGGAGUCAGAGUAGGAACUCUGACUCCCAUCCACUUGAGCCACCACUGGAAUGUCACCCUCCUGCAAAGGUAGGAAACAGGAGGGUGACUAAAAUAUUUUGUGUGUGUUUGUUUGUGCGUAUGUGUCUUUGUAUGUAUGUCUUGUGUGUCAUGUAUGUGUGUGUGGCUGAGUCUUUGUAUGUGUGUGUGUCUUAUGUAUGUGUCUCUGUAUCUAUGUCUUGUAUGUGUGUCUUGUCUUUGUAUGUGUUGUGUGUGUGUGUGUGUCUGUAUGUCUGUGUGUGUGUGUGUGUCUGUAUGUCUGUGUGUGUGUGUGUGUGUGUGUGUCUGUGUGUGUGUUAUGUAUGUGUGCCUGCCUGCCUGCCUGCCUGCCUGUAUGUGUGUGUGUGUGUGUGUGUGUGUCUGUAUGUGUGGCUGUAUGUAUGCCUGUCUCUUUGUAUGUCUGUGUGUGUCUGUAUGUAUGUAUGCGUGCCUGUCUGUUAUAGUGGGCUAUAGUAAGUGGGCUACCUAGCUCAGCCUUCCUACUGGGCAUUGCUAUAAGGAAGGUUAAAAAAUAGAAAAAGGAAAAAAAAAGGUGGGGAGGGGAAUUGAGGAGGGAGAGGAGGGGAGCUGACGCACAGAUGAGAAAUCAUAUUAUGCGCAAACAGAGAAGUGGUCUGAAUAUUACCGAAAGAGGAGACCUUUGUUUGUUCCUUACGAAAAUCGAACCAGAUAUCAAAUAUUUAGUCUCGCAGCAUCAACCUCAAGGAUCUCAUUAAUCACUAGUAGAGAUGUCGCGAACCAUUCGCGAACUUCCCGCAAACGGCAGCUUCAACAUGGAUUAUAUGAUUAUUAUGCACAAUCAAAAUAAAGAUGUUUUUUUAAAUUACAAAAUGUGCAUAGCUCUGCUGAUGAUUAGUUUACAAAUUACCAAUAUUCUAUUAAAUGUAUUUAUAUGUGUGCAAUACCACUUCCACCUAAUCACCCGUGGAAAUACAGAAAUUAACUUAACUUUUUGGGUACUUGCUUCCCUCAAGUUACCUCCCAAAAAAUGGUAACUAUAUACAAGAUAUUAUGGUAUACAAAUAGGACAGGGAUCCAGCUUGUAUCACUAAAACAUAACAUAAAAUACAACAUAGCGUAAUAUUGUUAUAGCCUUAUUGAUCGCCCAACGCUUCAAGGUUACACUCACAGAUUGGUUGUAAAAAGUAAGCCUUCAGGGUGCCUCCAAUAUGGUUAGGGGGGUAUAUCCUGCUGUUGGUAGUAGCUCUGCUCUGUAAACCUGGAAGUUCACACACUCCAAAUGGUUGGAUGUAGGAAAAGAUUAAUUUAUUGGCAAAUAAUAUUUAAAAUAAGCAGUCCUACGUGUUUCGUUCCCUUUAGGAAACUUCCUCAGGGACCAAUAUUAAAAUACAUGCAAUAACAUACACUGAAAAUGCUAUCAAGUGUACCAAUAAGUCUACUUCCUCCCUUCCCUUAAAUACGGUGGAUGCUGGAAGUCAAUUGGUGGUGUGGUGGGCAUUUUCUCCCGUUCCUCUGUGAUUGAACUCCUUGUCCUUCGGUAAGUUACCUCUGUGUGUUGUCUCUGCUGAUUGUAUUUGCUGAUCAGUUAACCGCGGCAAAAAGUGGAUGUCUCUCCUUGAUGACUCACUUCCGGUGAGAAUAGACGUCCCUAUUGAUGACGCACUUCAGUGGUUUCAAUUUAUAUAGGGGAAUAGAAAACACACAAUAGUUGGUUCUACACAUUUAUAAUGAAAUUAAAUAUUAAAAUUUCAUUCCCAUUGUAUUCAUCAACAUGCAAUUAUCCAUUUAGACUAUCAUAGAGCCAUUUUUUUUUUUUUAUUCUAUAUUAUUUUAUAUUUGAUGAAAAUUUCUUUCCUAUUCCUACCAUUACCUUCAAAACAAAUCCUUUAAAAUUAUAUGGACAUUGCAUAUUGGUGUUUAUUUCAGGGCAUCAUGUUAUGCAUAUAUUAACUUUACUUUGUGAAUAAGGCUAAACUCAUUUGAUUCUAAUUACUUUAAAAAAGGGGGAAUUCCUUACAUAUAAAUUCUUACAUAAAAUAUUUAGGUUUUUCAUUUAGAUAAAUGUGCUACAUAUUGUUUAUUUUUUUUUAUAUAUAUAAAUAAAGACAAAUGUAUUUAAAAUCUUAUUCCCACUCAUUAUUUUUGCAGUUUUACCUCCAUUUGAUCAAAAAUUCAGGGAAUCUCCUACCUACCUAGUUAGUUCAAGAAACAUACCAGAUCGAUGUCGACAUUUAACCCUGUGGGGGUUAAGGUUUGUAAUUUAUGAAUCCAGAAUGUUUCUCUCUGGGCCAGUUUUUGAUCUCUAUCACCCCCCUCCAAUGUGGAGAAAUUCUCUCUAUGGCUACACAGGUUAGUUCCCUAAAGUUAAAUAUUGGACAUGACUUACAAUGUACUGGUACCAAGUGGGACAUUAAUCCUUUUUUAAUAUUAUUGAUCUGUUCCAUUAAUCUAAUCUUAAAGGCUCUUUUGGUACGACCAAUAUAUUGUGUGUUUUCUAUUCCCCUAUAUAAAUUGAAACCACUGAUUAAAUUGCACUAAGUGCCAUGAACUACUACAAUAUCUCUGGCGACCACCAGAUGGCAAUGAAAUGAACGUUGAUAAUAGACCAUAAUGGAACGCACGGCCAUCUUUAAUCCAAAGAACUGGUGGAACGCACGGAAGUGCGUCAUCAAAAGGGGACGUCCAUUCUCACCGGAAGUGAGUCCUCGAGGAGAGAUGGAUUGGCAAAUACAAUCAGCAGAGACAACAAACAGAGGUAACUUACCGAUGGACAAGGAGUCCAAUCACAGAGGAACAGGAGAGAACGCCUACCACACCACCAAUGGACUUCCAGCAUCCACCGUAUUUAAGGGGAGGGAAGAAGUAGGCUUAUUGGUACACUUGAUAGCAUUUUCAGUUUAUUUUAUUGCAUGUAUUUUAAUAUUGGUCCCUGAGGAAGUUUCCUAAAGGGAACGAAACGUGUAGGACUGCUAUUUUUUUAUAUUAUUUUAAAUAUGCCAAUAAAUGAAUCUUUUUCUACAUCCAACCAUUUGGAGUGUGUGAACUUCCUGGUUUCCAGUGCGGAGCUUCUACCAAAAGCGGGAUAUACCCCCCUAACCAUAGGGGUGGGGGGCACCCUGAAGACUUACUUUUUACAACCAAUCUACAAGUGUAACCUUGAAGCGUUGGGUGAUCAAUAAGGCUAUAACCAUAUUAUGCUAUGUUGUAUUUUAUGUUUAUGUUUUAGUGAUACAAGCUUGAUCCUUGUCCUAUUUGUAUUCCAUAGUAUUUGUAUGUGUGUGUUUACAUAUGUAAUUUGCAUGACUUUAAAUAUAGAUGACACAUAUGUGAUCACUGUAGUAUUGCACAGCGUAAGCAGUUGUUGAAGUUUAACAAGUGUAUAUGUGUUAACUGUGUUUCAGGUAAAUGUGCUAAAGGAGAAAUUAAAAGAACAUGCUAAGUUUGAUUAUGAGGUGAAGGUGUUUCCAAAACAGACACAUGGAUUUGUACACAGAAAGAAAGAAGAGAUCAACCCAGAGGACAAACCUUAUAUUGAAGAAGCAAGAAAAGACAUGAUUGAAUGGCUCCACAAAUACAUUAACUGAAUAACUUGGGCCUGGAUAAUUUUAAUUUGUAAAAUAAUAAUAAUAAUUCUUAAACUGUUUUACUACCUAUAUAUAUGGACAAACUUGCUAUAUAAAUUAGCUAAUGAUUACGUAAGAAAUAUUACUAAGCAAUGCAAAACUUUAAAGGAAUAUUCCAAGUACCAUAACCACUAUAGCCUACUUUAGUAGUAAUGGAGCAGAGAGUACCCUGACGCCAUCCCAUGGUAAGCUGUUUUAGCGGGUAUGACAACUUACCUGGGUCCCUUAUUAACAUCACAUCCCCUGCAUCCGGUCUUCUGCAGGACAUAUAAUUUUAUGGGUUUUUUUUUUAGAGUAAGCACGGACAAUGCAUGACCAGGCUCAUAGGUUGAAGCACUCUAUUUUAACAAGUGUGGCCCUGCAUGAGCCUGCUUGGCUCUAUAGAGAAAUCUGUUUUCUUUUGCAGGAGAAGAUGAUGCAGGGAAUGCAGCAGGACUCAGGUACAUUGUCAAACUCAAUAUAAUUCCAUGGGCAAAGGCUGUAUUGGUAAUGGUGCUUGGAGUAUUCCUUUAAUUUUUUUUAUCAGCUUAUCACCUUGCUUAUGUUCUUAAGGUUAUUCUGCAGGUACAGUUUACUGUCUGUUUUUCUUUUGACCUCAGAGAACUUUAUAGACAUUGGAGAAAGUUUGGCUACAAAACUCUAAAAAGAUGUUGAUGAUGGAAAUCCUUUAUAGCAUUUAGGCAAAAUUGCUAAAUUCACAUUCAUACUAAAGUAUUUCUACAUAUAUCAAUAGUAUUUUUUUUGUUCAUACAAUGAAAUUGCUAUCUUCAUUUUGCUUUGACAUAAUCUACUCAUAAUAAAAAGCAACAUUAAUCACUUUUAUUAUUAUUAUUG